UCCCAGCCUUGCCUCGGGUGUAGGGAUUGCAAGGGAAAAGCAAAACUACACGGUCUUUACCCCUGUGUAGUUUUGUUUUGGGGUAGUUUCGAGGUUCAACUGUUCUCACCUUGGAUAUUCUGGAAACAUACUGGAUAAAAGGAUUGUUGCUGAGGCAGUAGCCAUCUGGGCACAGUCCCAUCAGUUAUAGGCACCAUUAUUAUCCAAGGUGCCUACCAUCAUGACAACGCAGGCGCCAACAUUUACACAACCGCUUCAGAGCGUUGUGGCACUUGAGGGUAGUGCUGCAACGUUCGAAGCUCAAGUUAGUGGUAAUCCAGUUCCUGAGGUGAGCUGGUUUCGUGAUGGCCAGGUUCUUUCCACUGCUGCUCUGCCCGGCGCUCAGAUCUCGUUCAGCGAAGGCCGCGCUGUUCUGAGGAUCCCCGCCGUGACAGCUGCACACAGUGGAAGAUUUUCUGUGAGAGCCACCAAUGGCGCUGGACAAGCCACUAGCACUGCUGAACUCCUGGUUACAGCGGAAACUGCGCCACCAACCUUUAUUCAGAGACUACAAAGCAUAACUGUGAGACAAGGAAAACAAGUGAGACUGGACGUCCGUGUGACAGGAAUCCCUACACCUGUGGUGAAGUUUUACAGAGAGGGAGCUGAGAUUCAGAGCUCAGCUGACUUUCAGAUUGUACAAGAUGGAGACCUUUACAGUUUGUUGAUUGCCGAGGCUUUUCCUGAAGACUCUGGUACAUACUCAGUUAUUUCCUCCAACAGCAGUGGACGUGCCACUUCAACUGCAGAACUACUGGUUCAAGGCGAAGAAGUUGCAGUGCCUGCUAAGAAGACUAAGACAGUUGUUUCAACCUCUCAGAUUUCACAGAGCAAGGUGGAAAAGAAAGUGGAGGCUCAUUUUGAGUCAUCAGCCAUGAUAGAAAUGCAAAUAGAGGGAGGUGUUGAGAUGGAACAUUUGGCUCACAAGACACCCCCUCGUGUGCCUGGAAAACCAACCUCAAUGUCCCCACCACCAGCUUCAGCAGUUUCAAAGGUUGCAGCUGCUCGCCACCAGUCACCUUCCCCUGUAAGACAUGUUAAGGCUCCAACCCCCACACCUGUGAGGCCUGGUUCCCCAACUACAAGAGUGUCCGUGUCCCCUAUCAGACCAGUGAAAUCUCCAUUAACUACACGCAAGUAUGUCACACAGGCUGCUGAUGUUUUGCCUCCAUGGAAGCAGGAAGGCUAUGUAGCAGAUUCCAGCUAUACUACAAUGUCUACUGGAUCCACAUAUGUACAGUCCUCUUCAACACAUGUCCAAAAAGAACAGUGGGAAGGCUCUUUUGCCAUGCAGCAACAGAUCAGUGGAGCAAUUAUCAAAGAGGUUGUGGAGGCUGCAAUGAUCCCUUCACACACACAAGUGCAAGUGAUGCCACCAACAGUUGUGGCUAGCUUGAAGAACCUGACUGUUACUGAGGGAGAGUCUGUGACUCUGGAGUGCCAGAUCUCGGGCCACCCCACACCAGGUAUUAUGUGGUUCAGAGAGGACUACAGGAUUGAAAACUCUAUUGACUUCCAGAUCACAUAUGAGCAAGGAUAUGCCCGUUUAGUGAUCCGUGAGGCCUUUGCUGAAGAUAGUGGACGUUUCACUUGCACUGCAACAAACGAGGCUGGAACAAUCAGUACCUCCUGCUACCUGCUUGUGCAAGUCUCUGAGGAAAUUGAGAGUCGGGAGGAUCCGACUGCUGUUUCUGAACAUGUCGAAGUAUCUAUACAAGAAAGACAGAUUGCAGCUGAAGCCAGACAAGAGACCAGGUCAGAAUUCAGUGCUGUAUCUGAAUCUGUUGACACUGGAGCAGCUGUGGCUCCAUUCUUUGUGAGGAAGCCAACAGUGCAGAAACUUGUGGAAGGUGAUAGAGUUGUCUUUGAAUGCCAGAUUGGAGGUAGUCCGAAACCUCACAUCUACUGGAAAAAGAAUGGAGUUCCACUCACUACUGGAUACAGAUAUAGAGUUGCUUAUAAUAAAGAAACAGGUCAAUGCAAAUUGGAGAUUUCUAUGACAUUUUCUGAUGAUGCUGGAGAAUACAUAGUAUUUGCCAGGAACCAGCUUGGAGAGGCAUCUGCAUCAGCUAUGCUGCUUAAUGAAGAGGCAUAUGAAGCUUACAUGAAAGAACACGAAGUAGCAUAUAAGACUGAAGUGACUACAACAGUGGAACCCAGAGUUGGAGAUGUUCCACCAGUAUUUACAAAUGAAAUUGAAAAAGAGCAGUUAUUCAUUCAGAGGAAAAUGGCUAAACAAGCACAAAUGACAUUCACCUCUGAGCAGGAGUUCCAAAUAUCUUCUGUUGAGCAGAGGUUCAUGUAUGAGAUUGAGUGUCAUCUUCUUAAGAUUACUUACCAAAAAUUGCUGGCUGAUGAUGGGGAGCAGAUGGCCAUGGCCAUUUCUGAGCAUGAGUGUGUAUCCCCAGUUUUUACCACUCCAGUGAAAAAUUACAAACUCAGAGAAGGAAUGAGUGCUACAUUGCACUUUAAAAUGUCAGGAACACCACUUCCUAAAAUUGCAUGGUAUAAAGAUGGCAAACGCAUAAGACAUGGAGACCACUACCAAAUGGAGGUUCUUAAAGACGGUAGAGCCAGUCUACGUCUUCCUGAGGUUCUGCCAGAGGAUGAGGGAAUCUACACUGCUCUGAUUAUUAACAUUAAGGGUAAUGCUGUCAGCUCUGGCAAGUUGCAUGUGGAAUUAGCUGAUACAGAUAUACAGCCACGGUACCGUCAACCAGAAACAGCUCAGAGAAUAAGAUCCACAUCGCCACGCUCUACCAGUCGUUCUCCUGCUCGCAGACUGGAUGAGACUGAUGAAGCCCAACUUGAAAGGCUUUAUAAGCCUGUAUUUAUCACAAAACCUUCUUCCUUUAAGUGCUCUGAGGGACAAACUGCAAGAUUUGAUCUGAAAGUUGUAGGAAGGCCCAUGCCUGAAACUUACUGGUUCCAUAACGGACAACAAGUGGUGAAUGACUACACCCACAAGAUUGUGGUAAAGGAAGAUGGAACUCAGUCAUUGAUUGUGGUUCCUGCUAUGCCUCAUGACUCUGGAGAAUGGACAGUUGUUGCUCAAAACAGAGCUGGAAAAACCUCUGUUUCUAUGACUCUCUCUGUUGAAGCUAAGGAAAACUUGGUGAGACCCCAGUUUGUUGAGAAGUUGAAGAACAUUAGUGUUAAAGCAGGCAGCUUGGUUGAAUUGGCGGUUAAAGCAAUUGGCUCGCCUCUCCCUGACAUUGUUUGGCUGAAGAACAGUGAUAUCAUCACCCCACAGAAGCAUCCACACAUCAGAAUUGAGGGUGGUAAAGGGGAGGCUUCUUUCAAGAUCUCCCAGAGUUCUGGCUCUGAUACUGCAUGGUACACUGCUACAGCUAUUAACAAAGCUGGCCGAGAUACCACUCGCUGCAAAGUUAAUGUUGAAGUGGAGGCAGCAGGACCUCAGCCAGAGAGAAAGCUUGUUAUUCCUAAAGGAACUUACAAAGCUAAGGAAAUUGCUGCACCAGAGUUGGAGCCACUGCAUCUUCGUUAUGGUCAGGAACAAUGGGAGGAGGGUGACCUUUAUGACAAGGAGAAGCAGCAGAAACCUCAGUUUAAAAAGAAACUGACAUCUGUCAGACUAAAGCAGUUUGGUCCUGUACAUUUUGAAUGCAGACUCACCCCUAUUGGUGAUCCCACAAUGAUUGUUGAGUGGCUGCAUGAUGGCAAGCCCCUGGAAGCUGCUAACAGACUACGUAUGGUCAAUGAGUUUGGAUAUUGCAGUCUUGACUAUGAAGCUGCUUAUGCCAGAGACAGUGGUGUCAUCACAUGCAGAGCUACCAACAAGUAUGGUGUUGACCAGACCUCAGCCACCCUGAUUGUGAAAGAUGAGAAGAGCCUUGUUGAGGAAAGUCAGUUACCUGAGGGUAGGAGGGGACCGAGAAUAGAUGAAAUUGAGCGCAUUGCUCAUGAGGGAGGUCCUACUGGAGUUACUGGAGAUGAAACAACAGAGAAAACUAAGCCUGAAAUUGUACUGCUUCCAGAGCCCAUUAGAGUACUGGAGGGGGACACAGCUAAAUUCCGUUGUAGAGUAACUGGAUACCCAACACCAAAAGUCAACUGGUACCUGAAUGGAAAGCUUAUUCGCAAGAGCAAAAGAUUCAGACUACAGUAUGAUGGCAUUCACUACCUUGAGAUUGUGGACUGCAAGUCUUAUGAUUCAGGAGAUGUCAAAGUUAUGGCAGAGAAUCCUGAAGGUGCCAUUGAGCAUGUUGUGAAGUUUGAGAUUCAACAAAGGGAGGACUUCCGAACAGUUCUGCGUCGGGCCCCAGAAAUUAAGCCUCCUCCAACUGUUCAAGAGCAUGGUAGAGUGUCCUUUGAGGUUAUUAAACCAGAGAAGUCCUCAGAAAUCUCCAAAGAGUCAAAAGAGGUGGUGAAGCUAAGGAAAACAGAGAGGGUAGUCCAUGAGAAAUUAACAGAGGAAACUGAAGAACUAAGAAGCAAAUUUAAACGCAGGACUCAGGAAGGCUACUAUGAAGCAAUUACUGCAGUUGAACUAAAGUCCCGUAAGAGAGACGAGUCCUAUGAAGAUAUGCUUAGGAAGAGAAAAGAUGAACUCCUUCAUCAUACCAAAGAACUAACUGAGGCUGAAAAGAAAAGGGAAGAAGAGGAACAUAAACUCACAAUUCCCAAAAUCAGACCAGAUAAAAUAGUACUUUCACCCAGUAUGGAGGCUCCAAAAAUUCUGGAACGUAUUCAGAGUCAGACAGUUGCCCAAGGAGAUGAAGUACGGUUCCAUUGCAGAGUAGUUGGUAAACCAGAUCCAGAAUGUCAGUGGUUCAAGAAUGGGGUUUUGCUGGAAAAAUCAGACCGAAUUUACUGGUACUGGCCUGAGGACCAUGUCUGUGAACUGGUCUUUAGAGAUGUGUCUACUGAAGAUUCUGCUAGUAUCAUGGUCAAAGCCAUGAACAUUGCAGGAGAGACCUCAAGCCAUGCAUUCUUACUGAUUCAAGGAAAACAAGUUGUAUCAUUUUCCCAAAUGCUAGAAGAUCAGAAUGCCAAAGAAAAAGACACGAUGGUGACCUUUGAAUGUGAGACCAAUGAGCCUUUUGUCAAGGUCAAAUGGCUGAAGAACAAUGCAGAGAUUUUCUCUGGAGACAAAUACAGGAUGCACUCUGACAGAAAGGUGCAUUUCAUGUCUGUACUGAUCAUCAACAUGAGUGAUGAAGCAGAAUAUAGUUGUGUAAUCGCUGAUGAUGACAACAUAAGAACAACUGCAAGACUUCUUGUUGAAGGUGCACCACUUGAAAUUGUGAAGAAUCUUGAAAAUACAGAAGUACCAGAGUCAUAUGCAGGGGAGUUUGAGUGUGAAGUGUCCCGAGAAGAUGCUGAAGGCACUUGGUAUUUUGAGAACAAAGAAAUUACUCCUAGCCUAAAAUAUGUUGUGUCCUCCCGUCGUGGUCGCCACAGCCUAUCUGUUAAGGAUGUGAAAAAAGAGGACCAAGGCAAAUACACUUUCAAAGUGGGUGACUUGAAGACAAGUGCUUCCCUUAAGAUGAAAUUGCGCCCAGUUACACUGAUGCAAGGCCUAUCUGAUUUGACAAUCUGUGAGGGUGAUAUUGCCCAGCUGGAGGUACGAUUCUCUCAGGAAAAUGUGGAGGGAACUUGGAUGAAGAAUGGUCUGGCCAUCUCUGCCACAGAUAGAAUUCAUAUUGUAAUCGACAAACUGAACUAUAAGCUUCUAAUUGAAGAUGCUAAUAAAGAUGACACUGGAACAUACUCCUUUGUUGUCCCCAACCAAGACAUUUCCACAAGUGGAAAACUUAUUGUUCAAGCUAUUGACUUUUUGACACCAUUAAAGGAUAUUUCUUCAGUAGAGGGUACAAAGUCUGUUUUUGAGGCCAAGAUUACUGCAGCUGAUGUAAGCUCUGUGAAAUGGUAUCACAGUGACGAACUGGUGAUACCCAAUGACAGAAUACAAAUGGUUGCAAAAGGUUCUAAACAACGUCUAGUGUUGAACAGGACCUAUGCUUCUGAUGAAGGACAAUACAAGAUGGUUGUUGGCCGUGUUGAAUCAACAUGUAAACUGACAGUUCAAGAAAUCAACAUUGUAAAGCACAUGGAGGACCGUGUUUGUACAGAGACUCAGAAUGUCACAUUUGAGGUUGAAGUAUCUCAUACUGGAAUUGAUGCUCUCUGGACAUUUAAGAAUCAACCUCUAAAGGUUGGUCCCAAAUACAAAAUUGAGAGCAAAGGUACCCACUAUAGCCUCACUGUCCUUAAUGCCAUGAAGGAUGAAGAAGGAGAGUAUGUCUUUGCUGCUGGUGAGAAGACAUCCAGUGCAAAACUUAUAGUUUCAGGUGGUGCCAUAAGCAGGCCACUUUGUGAUUUGACAGUAGCAGAGUCCCAGACAGCUGUAUUAGAAUGUGAAGUUGCAAGUGCAUCUGCUGAGGGAAAGUGGUUUAAGAAUGGGCAACGUGUUAACUUCAGUGACAAUGUCAGGAGUGAACAGAAUGGGACUGUGAGAAGCCUUGUCAUUGAUAUUACCAGACCCCAAGAUAUUGGAGAGUAUACAUACCAGGUUGCAAACUCUAAGACAUCUGCCAACCUGAAGGUUGAAGCUGUUAAGAUCAAAAAGACCAUGAAGAACCAAACUGUGAUUGAGACACAAGAGGCUGUGUUCAGCCUUGAACUCACUCACUGGGAUGUGAAAGGGUCCCAGUGGAUCAAAAAUGGAGUUGAAAUCCUUCCUAGUGACAAAUAUGAAAUCAAAGUAGAUGGCGUGGUUCACACCCUGAAAAUUAAAAAUUGUAGCACCCAGGAUGAAUCUGUUUAUGGAUUUAAACUUGGAAAGCUGUCUGCUAAUUCAAGACUCAAUGUUGAGACUAUCAAAGUUGUGAAGAAGCCUAAGGAUGUAACAUCAUUGAUUGGUGGCACUGCUUCCUUUGAGAUGAGCCUAUCACAUGAUGACAUUCCUGUUAAGUGGAUGUUUAAUAACCAAGAACUCAAGCCAAGCUCAAAUAUUAAGAUACUUUCAGAAAGAAAAGCCCACAAGCUGCUUAUUCAGAAUGUGGAAGAAAGCAUGGCAGGAGAAUAUAUUGCUGCCAUUGGACAUUUGCAGUGUAAUGCACACCUACAUGUUGAAUCUCUGAGGGUCACAAAGCCCUUGAGGAAUAUUGAGAUUCCAGAGACCCAGGUGGCCACAUUUGAAUGUGAAGUUUCACAUUUUAAUGUCCCAUCCACAUGGCUGAAAAAUGGAGAUGAGAUUGAAAUGAGCGAGAAGUUCGGAAGUGUGGUACAGGGCAAGCUCCACCAACUGAAGAUCAUGAAUGCUAGCAUAGAUGAUGCUGCAGAAUACACAUUUGUAUGUGGAAAUGACGGAGUCUCAGCCGAACUGACCGUUAGCCCCAUUCAAAUUACCUCCAUGCUCAAAGACCUCAAUGCUCAAGAAAAGGAUACCAUUACAUUUGAAGUGACUGUCAGUUAUGAGGGUAUCACCCACAAAUGGCUGAAGAAUGGUGUAGAGAUUAGAUCCAGUGACAGAUGCCAGAUUCGUUCCAAACAGCUCACUCACUCUCUCACAAUCCGCAAUGUGCACUUUGGGGAUAGUGCAGAGUACAAGUUUGUGGCAGGAUCUGCUCAGACAUCAGCGAAGCUGUUCGUUGAGGCUCGUGUCAUUGACUUUACAAAACACAUCAAAGAUAUCAAGGUCACUGAGAAGAAAAAGGCAAUCUUUGAAUGUGAACUCUCUGAGCCCAAUGUUCAAGUCACAUGGAUGAAAGAUGGGCAGGAACUUGAAUUAUCUGACAGGUAUAAAGCUACCACAGAAAAAUGCCUUCAGCGUUUGAUGAUCCAGAGCAUCCGCAUGUCUGAUGCUGGCGAAUACUCUGUGGUUGCUGGCUCAAGCAUUUCCAAAGCUCACCUCACAGUAGAGGGCAAGGAUGUUCACAUCUCUGAGCCUGCUGAGAAAGACAUAAAGGUGGUUGAGAAACAAAGAGCCACUUUUGAGUUUGAAGUCAGUGAGGAUGAUAUUGAAGGACGCUGGUUGAGAAACGGUGUUGAGAUCCAAUUCUCUCAAGAGACGCGUUUCAAUUAUGUGACUAUUAGAAAGGUUCAUCGAUUGACAAUUGCUGAAACUUACCAGAGUGAUGCCGGGGAAUAUACUUUUAUUGCUGGGAAGAACAGGAGCACAGUGAAUUUACAUAUCAACAUUCCUGAGCCUCCCCAGAUCAUCAGGCAUAUGGAGCCUUUGUCUGUUGAGGCUGGCAAACCUGCACGCUUUUCUGUGGAAGUGACUGGCAUCCCUGAGCCCCAGGUCUCCUGGUAUAAAAACUCUCAGGCAUUAUCUCCUGGUUUCAAGUGUAAAUUUCAGAGGGAAGGAAAUGAACACACUUUGUUGCUCAUUGAAGUCUUCCCAGAGGAUGCAGCUCAGUACACCUGUGAAGCCAGAAAUGACUUUGGUCAGGCUACCAGUUCAGCUGUACUCAAUGUAGAAGUCUCCGAAGUGGUUUCUCCAGAUGUUGUUGUUCCAAUAUCCCCACCUUUGAUAAUAUCUCCUAUACAUGAUGUAUCAGUUGAAGAAGGAGAGUCUGCCAAGUUCCAGUGCCAUGUCUCUGGAGAAGGUCUAAAUGUUACUUGGUACUGCAAUGAUAAAGAGAUUAAGCCAUCAGACAACCUCAGAAUGUCCCAGUAUGAUGCCAGCUGCCAGCUGGAGAUUGUCAGAGUCUAUGCUGAGAACGAAGGCCCAUAUUCCUGUGUUGCUCGCAAUUCCUCAGGGAUGGUCUCUUGUUCAGCAGUUUUGAGAAUCAAUGAUCACAGUGUGAAAACCAUAAGUAGGCAAAGUGCAUCAAGCAAUGAAGUAUCUCUUUUGGAGGGGAUCACUUCUCACACCUUGACUGAGACUCAUUCUUCUUCCACUGUUCAAACAUUUGAAAUGGUGUCCACUGUGGAAACAUACUCAACAUCUGUGAGCAAAAGCAUCACGGUCCAACAACACAUGUCUUCAGUGGGAGAUUACGCUAGCAAACCUGCUUUAACUUUAAAAAUGAAUGAUCUCAUAGUCAGCCUGGGUGACAUGGCUCAAUUCAACUGCUCUUUCACUGGGGAGCCUCUUACUGAAAUUGUAUGGGACCAUAAUGGAAGGACGCUCACAAAUACAGAGAGAGUACAAUGUAUGGAUCAUGGAGGGGUCUUGUCUCUUAUCAUACUCAAUGUGCAACUCGCAGAUGAAGGAAGUUAUGGCUGUACUGUUAAAAAUGAAAAUGGCGAGAAUCGAACAACUGCACGGCUCACGGUAGAAGCUAAAGAAGUAGACACAAAAGCAGAAACCCCCAUCCCUUCUGACUCUGUCAGUAAAUCUUCCAAAAGUGAAAGUGAAUCCAGUACAAAGAUAUCUGAGAAAGAAAAACAGGAGUACAUCCAGAGCAUUGGACCAUUAAAUACCUCUUCCCUGAGAGCAAGCUGGCAGAUAAGCAAACAGUACUACCCUGACGUGGUACCCUUGGUGGAUCAUGUUUUAUAUGAAACGAUUCAGCCAGAGUUUCUUAUGAAACUACCCCAAGAAACCAUUGCACAGCAGCAAGACAAUAUCUCUCUUUAUUGUAUAAUAAAAGGAAUCCCCUCUCCAUAUGUGAUCUGGCUACACAACCAGUUGAUGGUUGAAGAGUCACGCUCAUACUCACUGAAGCAUGAUGGACCCUUGUGCUGCUUAAAUGUAAUGAAUAUUGGUCCCAGGCAAGGAGGCACUUACACAUGCAAAAUAAUCAAUGCUGCAGGAGACAAUGAGUGCAGCACCCAACUCAGUGUGAAGACAGUGCCAAGUGUGGAGGAACCUGUGCAUGUGGAAGAAGUCAAAGUGCCACCAGUAUUCAAGAAAACAAUCCAAAACCUUGAAAUCAAAGUUGGCAGUGCUGCGAGUUUCGAAUGCGAAGUAGAAGAUGCUCCAAACGUGAUCUUCAAAUGGUUCAAGUCUAAUUCUGAACUUAGACAAAGUGAGAAGUACAGGAUCAUCAACCACCAUACCAGAUCAUGUCUGGAGCUACUGAACUCAACCAUGGCAGAUGGUGGGGAAUAUACCUGCUGUGCUUCCAACAAACAUGGUACUGAUAGCUGCUCUGCUAACCUGAACAUCACUGAACCUCCCUCCCUUCAAAUGCUGGAUGUAGAAAAGGGAUCAACUGCUGUGUUUCAUUGUGAGGUUAUUGGUACUACCCCAUUUGGAGUUAACUGGUUUAAUAACAUUAAACCACUUCCUUUGGACAAAAAACAUGAGCUUGUUUUUCAAGAUUCAGUUACACGUUUGAAGUUGCAUUCUUUGGAAAGAUCAGAUGUUGAGGAAUACCAGUAUUGCUUAUCAAAUACAGUCGAAAAGAUGUCUUCACAUUCAGUUUCUGGUUCUAGAGAACCUCCUUGCUUCCUGAAGAGGUUGAAUGACACAGUCUUCCCAAUUGCAAGUAAACUGAAGCUUGAGUGCACUUUCACUGGAGCUCCAAAGUUGUUUGUAACAUGGUACAAAGAUGGGAAGCAGCUGUAUGCCUCAUACAGAUAUAACACAAGAGUGACAGAAAAUUCAUGUAUCCUGGAGUGCCUGCACGAGUGUAACAAAGAAACUCCUGGAAAAUACUCUUGUGAAGUCUCAAAUUCCUAUGGAACUGACACCUGUCAUGCCAGUGUGACGACAGAGACAGAACGGAAAAUUCCACCAACCUUCACUAAAAAGCCUCCAGAGCAUUUUGAGGAGACUGAGGGUACAUUGGUAAAACUUGAGGGCCGUGUAUCUGGAACACAGCCACUAUCUAUUAGCUGGUACAAAGAUAACGAGCAAAUUUUCAGUUCUGACAGCUGUGAAAUGUCCUUUAAGGGCAAUGUGGCUGUGUUAUGUAUUAAAAAAUCACAGACAUCAGAUAGCGGCACAUAUACUUGCUGUGCCUCUAAUGAAGCUGGAACUGCUUCCUACACUGUGGUGAUGAACAUUACAGGAAAACAAAUGCCACCAACCUUUGAUAUUACCCUUAAGCCUAUUACAGUGAAUGAGGGUGAAAGGCUUAGUCUUAGCUGCCAUGUUUGUGGCUCUCAUCCACUGACAAUCCAAUGGAUGAAGGACAGAAGAGAGGUGGUUUCCUCUGACAACUCCAUGAUCACAUUUGAGGAUGGAACUGCCACACUAACAAUUAGCAAGGCAUCCAGAGCUGAUGCAGGAGACUACCUGUGCAAGGCAACCAACAAUGCUGGUAGUGAUUUCUCUAAGGCAAAGGUCACCAUUAAAGCUGGAGCAGCUCCUGUGGCAGCUCAAACAGCACCUUCAACACCUCAGCCUGCUCAGAAACUGGACAACUUGUUCUUCAUUGAUGAACCUAAGCGUGUCCGUAUAACAGAGAAGGGCACUGCAACCUUUAUCGCCAAGGUUGGAGGUGAUCCCAUUCCUAGUGUGAAAUGGAUGAAGGGCAAAUGGAGGCAGAUGACUCAUGGUGGCCGUGUUGCCAUUGUGCAGAAGGGCCAAGAUGCCAAGCUGGAAAUCAGAGAUGUGACCAAAUCUGAUACUGGACAGUACAGGUGUGUAGCAUCAAACAAACAUGGAGAAAUCGAAUCCAGCACUGAUCUGACUGUUGAUGAGAAGAAAGAGAUUGCACCCGAAUCAGUAAAAUUGAAGAAGACACCAUCAAAGCAGAAAAGUCCAAAGGAGGACAAAAACAUUGACAUUGUUGAGCUGCUAAGAAAUGUAGAUCCAAAAGAGUAUGAGAAAUACGCUCGCAUGUACGGUAUCACAGACUAUCGUGGUCUUCUUCAGGCCAUUGAGCAGCUAAAGCAAGAGAAGAGUGAAGAAAGUGGAAGACUGGAACAUGAACAUAGUAGAGAAUCUGAUGAGGAUUUGGCUAGGCUUGUGGCUGAUUUGCAGAGAAGAAUGGAACAAACUGAACCCAUUAACCUGCUUAAUGACAUCAAAGAUCAGACUACUAAAGUUAACACAGAUGCUGUCUUUGAAUGUGAAAUUAAGAUCAACUACCCAGAAAUCACACUAUCUUGGUACAAAGACUCAAAGAAGCUUGAGAACAGCAGUAAAUAUGACAUUAAAAUAGUGGGUGAUCGCCACUUGUUGAAGAUCACGAAUGUCCAGACAAGUGACCAGGGAAAUUACCGUGUUGUCUGUGGUCCACACAUCUCCAGUGCUACAUUGUCAGUCACAGCUGAUCAAAUACAGUUCACUAAGCGCAUUCAAAACAUUGUGGUGAAGGAACGCCAGACUGCAACUUUCGAGUGUGAGUUGUCAUUUGACAAUGCAGUUGUUACAUGGUAUAAAGACUCAUGGGAACUUAAAGAGAGUCCAAAAUAUGCCUUUCAAUGUGAGGGACGACGUCAUUUUAUGAUCAUCCAUAAUGUCACAUCUGAUGAUGAAGGGGUAUACUCAGUGAUUGCACGACUGGAGCCCAUUGGUGAAGCUAAAAGUACAGCUGAGCUGUACCUCUCAGGCAAAGACAUUGAUCUAGGAACAAUUUCUUACGAUGUCUCAGAUACAUCAAUACAAGUGCCUGAGGUUUCAUCUAUGAUUAGUUUUAAAGAUGAGUCAAGAGAAUAUUAUCAUUAUGAGGAAAAGACUGAAGUGACAGAGUAUGAGAGUUGGGCAGUGCAAGAAGAAAGAAUAAUUCAUGAAGUUGCAUCAACUCAAGGAGAGAAGAAGCCAAUUGAAGAAAUUGUACCCAAAAUGGUGGUACAAACAACUGAAGAAAAACCUCAAAAUGAACCUGAAGUCAUGCCUGUGGAGGAAACAGUACCAGUAACAACUGUACCUGAGUCAAAACAACAUCCUACACCCAAAGAUGUUCUAAAACCUGCAGCAACUGAGCCACCUAUGCCCAAACUGCCAGCUGAACCUAAAGUGGUACCAGUGGCUGUAGCCAAGCCAGAGCCUAAACCUGAGCUUAAACCUGAACCAAAAGCUACACAGAAGCCAGAGCCUAAACCUGAGCCUAAACCUGAACCAAAAGCUACACAGAAGCCAGAGCCUAAACCUGAGCCUAAACCUGAACCAAAAGCUACACAGAAGCCAGAGCCUAAACCUGAGCCUAAACCUGAACCAAAAGCUACACAGAAGACAGAGCCUAAACCUGAGCCUAAAACUGAACCAGAAGCAACAAAGAAGCGAGAGCCUAAACCUGAACCAAAAGCUACACAGAAGCCAGAGCCUAAACCUGAGCCUAAACCUGAACCAAAAGCUACAAAGAAGACAGAGCCUAAACCUGAGCCUAAAACUGAACCAGAAGCAACAAAGAAGCGAGAGCCUAAACCUGAACCAAAAGCUACAAAGAAGCCAGAACCUAAACCUGAGCUUAAAUCUGAACCAAAAACUACACAGAAGCCUGAGUCUAAACCUGAGCUUAAACCUGAACCAAAAGCUACACAGAAGCCAGAGCCUAAACUUGAGGCUAAACCUGAACCAAAAGCUACACAGAAGCCAGAACCUAAACCUGAGCCUAAACCUGAACCAAAAGCUACACAGAAGUCAGAGCCUAAAUCUGAGCCAAAAGCUACACCGAAGCCAGAACUAAAACCUGAAACUAAGUCAGAACCUAAGAUUUCAGUUUCAAAGAAACCUGAGUCAACGCUAAUAACAGAACCAGAUGCUCCCAAGAAGCCAGAAGCAGUACCACAAUUAACUACAAAACACGAAGAGCUUUUACCUCAGAAAACAGCCAUUACACAAAAAGCUCAUGAGGUGGUGCAGGCAACAGAAACACCAAAAAUAGAACCAGAUAAAAAAUCAGACCUUGUACCAUCAGUUGCCCCUGAACCUCCAAGGAUGACAAAACCUAAACAGGAAUUUUCUGCAACACUGAAGGCUGAGCCAAGUAAAAAACUAGAGCCUGCACUUGUACCAGCAAGAAAACAUGAAGUACAAAAGACAGAUGUGUUUAAAAUACCUGAAAUUACACCUGCCUCUAGAGAGCUGGUAGAAGUCCAACUGGCUAAAGAGCCAGAACCUACCCCUGUGACAGUAUUUAAAGAAGGACCAAAAGCUAUUUUCCCAGAAGCUCCAAAAGUAGAGCAAGGACUAACACAAAGUCACCCAGAGUUGCCUCUGGCAAAACCUAUCCAGGAGAAAGAACAGGCACCUCUUCCUAAACAGAAGUCUCCCCCAAAGAGAGUGGUUGAACUUAAAUAUCCAGACGUUCCAACUGAGGAAGCACCCGUCCCUGAACCUCAAAAGGAGAUUGAAAUGGCUCCUACCAGAGCUUCAAAAAAAGUUGAAACAAUUGAAAUAUCUAAGAAAUUAGAGGAAAUUUCUGUAACAAAGGAAGUGAUUUCACGACAGGAAAUCUCAUAUGAAAGUGAUAGUAUGUCAUAUCAACCUAUGGAGACUUCAUUGAAGGGGGUUCAAAUUAAAUCUGAAAUUAAAGCACCAAUUGAGAGUGAGCUGAUGAGAAAACCUCAAACUGAAAUAAAGGUUGCUCCUUCCAAAGCAGCUCAACAUAUUUCAGAAAGUCAACAAGUGGAAUUGUCUAAGAAAACAGUGGCAAAGAAAAUCUUUUAUGAAACUGAGAACAAAUCUUAUAAGACUGAAUACAGUAUGUUGAAAUCAUCUGAAGUUACAACUCAGGAAACACUUCUUGAAGAAAUACCUGCAGAUAAACCUCAAAAGAGGACGGAACUGGCCCCAGCCAGAGAUAUUGCACCUUCCAAGAAAGUUUUAGAAGAGUUUUCAAAGACUCCCCUUACAGCGGAGAUGUCUAAGAAAACUGAAGAGAUCUCAUUGGUGGAGGCAGUGAUUUCAAAAGAAUCCUCAUAUAAAAUUGACAGUAUUCAGUAUCGUCCUGAAGAGGCUUGUCUGAAAGUACCUAAAGUUAAUCUUGCAGAAGUGCCAUCUGAGAAAAAGCCAGCGGCUAAAACUCAAAAACAGAAAGAGACUGGUCUUUCCCAAGUGCCAGUUGUUGAGAUGAAGCCAACACCUGAGGCACCAAAAGCAACAGUGACACCACAAAAAGUUUCUCUACCUCAAGAGCCAACCGUGGAGAAGAUGGCAAUACCUGAGGCACCAAAGCCAACAGUAGUACCAGUUGAGAAAAAAGUUUCUCCACCUCAAGAGCCAGCUGUGGAGAAGAAGGCAACACCCGAGGCACCAAAACUGAUGGUGGUGCCAGUUGAGAAAAAAGUCUCUCAACCUCAAGAGCCAACUGUGGUGAAGAAGGCAACCCCCGAGCCACCAAAGCCCACAGUGGUUACAGUUGAGAAAAAAGUCUCUCCACCUCAAGAGCCAACUGUGGUGAAGAAGGCAACACCUGAGGCACCAAAGCCCACAGUGGUGCCAGUUGAACGAAAAGUCUCUACUGGUCCAGAGCUGACUGUUGAGAAGAAGCCCACACCUGAGGCACCAACAGAAACACAGCUUGAACAAAAAGUCUCUCCUCUUGAAGAGUCCACUGUAAAGAAGGUAUCACCUGAGGCACCAAAGCCAACAGUGUUGCCACCUGAGCAGAAAGUCUCACCUCCUCCUCGAGAGCCAAGUGUUGAGAAGAAACCAACAGCUGAAGCACCAAAGCCAGCAUUAGCACCAAAAACAGUGUGUCUUCCUGAAGAGCCAACUGUGGUAAAGAAGGCAUCACCUGAGGAACCUAAGCCAACAGUAGAGCCACUUGCACAAAAAGUCUCUCCUCCUCUAGAACCACCUGUUGAGAUUAAGCCAACACAUGUGGCACCUGAGCCAGCAGAGACACUGGUCGAGAAAACAGACUCUCCUCCUCAAGAUCAUGGUCCCGUUCAAGCUCCUGGCCCAGUCCAGAAAGAUGGAAAACCCAAGGAAGAAGGCGCACUAGGCAGAGGCAGAGGGCUUAAACCACGCCAAACUCCAUCACCUGGUGAUGCAGGACGUGGAAGAGGGCUUAGGCCUGGUGGUGGUGGUGGUGACAAACCUCCUGGAGAGUCACCAUUUGCUUUCCAGCUUAAAGCUGUCCCUCUCAAGUUUGUGAAAGAGGUUCAAGACAUUGUGCUGUUAGAGGCUGAGUCUAUUGGUUCCUCUGCUGUGUUUGAGUGCCAGAUUUCUCCUUCCACUUCUAUAACUUCAUGGAUGAAAGAUGGAAGUAACAUCAGGGAGGGUCCAAAGUACAAGUUUACUUCUGAUGGAAAAGAUCGAAAACUGGCCAUUAUUGAUGUUCAGCUGUCUGACAGAGGGGAAUACACAUGUGUUGCCAAGCUGGGAAAUAAAGAGAAGACCUCAACUGCCAGACUUAUUGUUGAAGAGCUGCCUGUUAAGUUUAUCAAGACCCUGGAAGAGGAGGUGUCUGUGCUCAAGGGACAGCCCAUGUACUUGACUUGUGAGUUGAACAAAGAGCGAAAUGUGGUCUGGAAAAAGGACGGAAAAGAAAUCGAAACAGUUGCUGGCAAGAUAGCCAUUAAUGUCAUUGGGCUGCAACAUGCUGUGACAAUCCAGGAUGCAAAUGAUGAUGAUGCUGGUGUUUACACAUGUGAAUGUGAACAACUCAAAACUCAAACAAAUGUGAAGAUUUUGGAAAUCAUCAGAGACUGGUUGGUGAGACCACUGAGAGACCAGCAUGUGAAACCAAAGGCCACAGCUACCUUCAAAUGCGAGCUUUUCAAAGACACUCCCAACUGGAAGUGGUACAAGGGAGAUGAAGAGAUUCCAAAUGAGCCCACAGAUAAGACUGAAGUCAAAAUUGAUGGAAAAGACAUCACUCUGACUAUUAAGAAUGCUCAACCAAAUGAUGUUGGCGAAUAUGCAAUGGAAGUUGAGGGAAAACGAUAUCCAGCAAAGCUCACCCUUGGAGAGCGUGAAGCUGAGAUCCUGAAACCCCUUGCUAGUGUGGAAGUAGUUGAAAAAGAGGAGGCCAACUUUGAAACUGAAAUCUCUGAGGAUGACGUGCCCGGAGAAUGGAAACUUAAAGGGCAGGUUUUAACAAGAUCACCGACAUGUGAUAUCAAAGCUGAGGGCACGAAGCGCUUCCUCACUUUGAAAAAUGUUCAGCUUGAUCAGGCUGGUGAAGUUACAUACCAAGCACUGAAUGCUCAGACAAGUGCUAUGCUUACAGUGAAAGAGGGUGAUGCACGAUUCAUUACCAAGUUGCAAGAAUACACUGCUGUCGAGAAAGAUGAGGUCACUCUUGACUGCGAGCUGAGCAAAGACGUUCCUGUCAAGUGGUUCCAUAAUGAGAUUGAAAUAAAGGCCUCAAAGAUGGUUUCCAUGAAGGUUGAGGGUAAACGAAGAAUUCUCAACAUUAAGAAAGUGGAGCAGAAAGACAAAGGAGUGUAUGCUUGUGACUGUGGAACAGACAAGACAUCAGCCAAUGUUAACAUUGAAGCUCGUGAUGUGAAGGUGAUGAGGCCUAUGUAUGGCGUUGAAGUGUUUGAUGGAGAGACUGCUCGUUUUGAAGUUGAAAUCUCUGAGGAUGAUAUCCAUGGCCAAUGGAAACUGAAUGGCGAAGUCCUGACUCCUUCAGCAGAUGUUGAGAUCAUUGAGGAAGGUGCAAAACACACACUGACACUAUACAAUUGCAAAGUUGCCCAGACAGGAGAGGUUGUUUUCCAGGGAGGAAAUGCUAAGUGUGCUGCAAACCUUAAAGUAAAAGAACUGCCCAUCACAUUCCUAACACCUUUGAGUGAUGCUCAAGUAUAUGAGAAAGAUGAGGCAAGAUUUGAAUGUGAACUGUCAAGGGAAGCAAAGACCUUCCGAUGGCUGAAAGGUUCUCAAGAGUUGAAGGCAGAUGACAAAUUUGAAAUUCUGGCAGAGAGAAAAAGGCACACACUUAUUCUCAAAUCGGUUGCAUAUGAAGACGAGGCUAAAUACAUGUUUGAAGCUGAGGACAAGAGAAGCUCUGCCAAAUUGGUGAUCCAAGGAAUUCGUCUUGAGUUUGUGAGACCCAUCAAGGAUGUUACUGUAAAGGAGCGUGAGACAGCACAAUUCAGUAUUGAACUUUCUCAUGAAAAAAUUCAAGUAAGCUGGUACAAAAAUGAUGUCCGUUUGCAUCCAAGUAAAGUGGUGCACAUGUCUGAACAUGGCAAGAUCCACACUCUGUCAAUCAAGGAGGUGUCUAUUGAUGAUACCUCACUCAUUAAAGUAGAGGCUCUUGGAAAGACCUCAGAGGCCAUGCUUACAGUGCUUGAGGGAGAAGCUUACUUCAUCACCAAGCUACAGGACUACACAGCAGUCGAGAAGGAUGAAGUUGUGCUGAAAUGUGAACUGAGCAAACCUUCGGCUGAGGUGAAAUGGUUUAAAGAUGGAACAGAGAUUAUCCCAUCAAAGAAUAUCCUCAUCAAGGCAGAUGGAAAGAAACGCAUUCUGAUUGUGAAGAAAGCAGAAAAGGCCAACAUUGGCGAAUAUGUCUGUGACUGUGGUUCUGACAAAACUACAGCUAAGCUGAACAUUGAAGAGCGUGAUAUUAAGAUUACCCGUCCACUGUACAGUGUGGAGGUUACAGAAACUAACAGCGCACGAUUUGAAGUAGAGAUUUCAGAAGAGGAUGUCCAUGGGCACUGGAAACUUAAAGGAGAGGCUUUGCACCAGUCUGCUGACUGUGAGAUUAAAGAAGAAGGCAACAAACACAUUCUGAUUCUCUAUAAUGUACGCAUGGACAUGGCUGGUGCUGUGGACUUCAGUGCUGCCAAUGCUAAAUCUAGUGCUCAGCUUAGAGUUAAAGCUCGGACAAUUAGCCUUCUGAGGCCCCUUCGGGAUAUCACAGUUACUGCUGGAGAAACUGCAACUUUUGAAUGUGAGCUUUCAUAUGAGGGCAUUGUUGUUGAAUGGUUCGUUGGGACAAAGAAAAUGGAGUCAAGUGAUACAGUGGUAACCAGAGCUGACGGAAGACUGCACAGCUUGACUCUGAGAAACGUUGAGAUGACAGAUGCUGGUUUUGUGAAGAUAAUGGCAAAGGACUUUCAGACUCAGGCCACACUAAUAGUAAAUGAACCACCUGUUGAGUUUGCUAGGCCCUUGGAGGACCAGACUGUUGAAGAGGAGGCAACUGCUAUUCUAGAGUGUGAACUCUCCAGAGAAAAAGCUGAUGUUAUAUGGUUCCGAGAUGGACAGGAAAUUCACAAAACAAAGAAAUAUGAAAUGGUGGCUGAAGGCCGCAUAAGGAAGCUGAUAAUUAAAGACUGUACUCCUGAUGACUCCAAAAUAUACACCUGUGACGCCAAACACUUUAAGACCUCUGCUUUCUUGAGUGUUGAGCCUCCACAUAUUGACUUCACUAAGCCUCUUCAUGAUGUUGAGGUCAGAGAGAAGGAGUCUGCCAAGUUUGAAUGUGAAGUUUCCCGUGAAAGUGCCAAGGUCCGCUGGUACAAAGAUGGUAUUGAAAUUAGAAAGGGCAAGAAGUAUGAGAUUAUUGCCAAGGGAGUGCAGCGUAUUCUCAUUAUUAGCAAGGCAGUCUUUGAUGAUGAAGCUGAAUAUGAAUGUGAUGCAAGAACAUCCAAAACCUCUGGCAUUCUUACUGUUGUUGAGGAAGAGGCUAAAUUCACAAAGAACCUGGCUAAUGUUGAAGGCACUGAAACUGACAGUAUUAAACUGAUCUGUGAGGUUUCCAAGUCCAGUGCAGAGGUUACAUGGUAUAAAGGUGACCAGGAAUUGCUUGAGGGUGGGAGAUACGAACAAACUGCAGAUGGCAGAAAGAGAAUUCUUAUCAUCCAAGACCUUCAUAUGGAGGAUGCUGGAGAAUACAGCUGCAGACUGGCCAAUUCACAAACUACAGCAACAUUAAAGAUCAAUGAAUUGGCAGCUGAGUUUAUUUCCAGGCCCCAAAGCCAGGAGGUGGUUGAAGGUGAAAAGGCACAAUUUGUGUGCUCACUGUCCAAAGAGACCUAUGAAGUUAAGUGGUUCAGAGGUGAUAAGGAACUCCAAACUGGGGACAAGUAUGAGAUUGUUAGCGAUGGCAAGAAAAGAGCUCUCAUUGUUAAAAACUGUGAGCUGAACGAUGAGGGAACCUUCAUUGCCUGCAUUGACUCUGUCAAGGCUUCUGCAGACUUACAUGUGAUUGAAAAACUGAGAAUCAUCACACCUGUCAAAGACACACAAAUGAAAGAAGGACAGGAAAUUGUACUUAACUGUGAAGUUAAUUCAGAGGGAGCUAAGGCCAAGUGGCUGAAGGAGAAUGAGACUAUGUUUGAAAGCAGCAAGUUCAUCAUGGUACAAAGAGACACUAUUUUCUCUCUGAGGAUCAAAGCUGCAGACAAAUCUGAUGAAGCUACAUACACAGUUACACUGAUCAACCAUCGUGGUGAACAAGCAAAAUGCUCUGCAAAAGUCAGUGUAAUAGAGGAGGAGCUCCGUAUCAUAGACCCUCUUGAGGACUGUGAAACUGAGGAGAAGAAAACAAUCAGUUUUACUUGCAAAGUGAACAGACCAAAUGUGACUGUACAGUGGUUAAAGGAUGGACAGGAAAUCACCUUUAGCAAACGCAUUGUUUACCGGGUGGACAAAAACAAGCAUACUUUAACUAUCAAAGACUGCACCAUGGCUGAUGAGGGUGAAUACACUGCAGUUGCUGGAACUGACAAAUCUUCAGCUGAACUAAUCAUCAGUGAAGCACCAACUGAGUUCACCACCCAACUCAGAGACCAGACUGUUACUGAAUUUGAGGAUGCAGAGUUCAUUUGCAAACUUUCUAAGGAGAGGGCCACUGCUAAAUGGUACAAAAAUGGUCGUGAAAUCAGAGAAGGACGCAGAUAUCACAUGGAAAAGGAUGGAAUGACAUGCACAUUAUACAUUAAGGAAUGCAGACCUGAUGAUGAAUGUGAAUAUGCCUGUGGAGUAGAUGACAAAAGAUCCAGGGCUCGUCUCUUUGUUGAAGAAACACCAGUGGAAAUUGUCAGACCCCCAAAAGAUGUAUUUGAGGCCCCUGGCUCAGACAUUGUAUUUGAGGUUGAGCUUAACAAAGACAGGGUUGAAGUUAAAUGGAUGAGGAACAACAUGAUCAUUGUCCAAGGUGACAAAUACCAAAUGAUCAGCGAGGGCAAAGUUCACCGACUUCAGGUUUGUGAGAUCAGGCCUCGUGAUCAGGGCGAGUACAGAGUUGUUGCCAAGGAUAAAGAUGCAAGAGCCAAGCUUGAGCUUGCAGCUGUACCAAAAAUCAAGACCACAGACCAGAAUCUUGUAACAGAUGCUGGAAAGCCCUUCUUGAUGACAGUUCCCUAUGAUGCUUACCCUCGUGCAGAAGUUGAAUGGUUUUUUAAUGACACCAGCCUUCCAAUGCAAAACAUUGACACAUCCACUGACAAGACAGAGUACAGGUUAAAGGACCCUAAGAAGUUAGACCAAGGCCGCUAUAAAAUUGUCAUCAAAAAUAAGCAUGGACAGGGAGAGGCUUUCAUCAAUCUGGAUGUUAUUGAUGUUCCUGGGCCUGUCAAGAAUUUGAGAGUUGUUGACACAGCUGAUGGUGAGGUCAGUUUGGCCUGGGAUGAGCCUGAGAGUGAUGGUGGCAGCAAGAUUUUGGCCUAUGUGGUUGAGAGACGAGAUGUUAAACGCAAAGCUUGGACAUUGGCCACUGACCGUGCUGAUAUUCCUGAGUACUGUGUUGGUGGAUUGCAGAAAGACAACUUGUACUUCUUCCGUGUGUGUGCUCGCAACAGAGUUGGCAAUGGAGAGCCAGUCUGUACAGAUGAAGCUGUCCAAGCCAAGAAUAAAUUUGAUGUUCCUGAUGCACCUCAGAAUGUCAUGGUAGGAAUUGUCAACAGGUUUGGUGCUACAGUGACUUGGCAACCACCCCUGUUUGAUGGUGGAGCUGAGAUCAUAUCUUAUAUAAUUGAGCUUCGUGAUAGGACAGCUGUAAAAUGGGAGCCUGUAAUGGUGGUCCGGGCUGAGGAUCGCACAGCCACACUAAAUGAUGUUGUGGAGAAUAAGGAGUACAUCUUCCGUGUUAGAGCUGAGAAUAAAGCUGGAAUUGGCAUGCCAAGUGCUGCUACCGAUCCUGUCAAGAUCAUGGAUCCCAUUGAGAGACCAAGCCCACCACUGAAUUUCGAUUACACACAUCCAAAAAGAGAUUCUGUUCAGCUGGCCUGGGACAUUCCACUUAGCAAUGGAGGUAGCAUGAUCACAGGAUACAUCAUAGAGAAAUGUGAAGAUGGUUCAAGCAACUGGCUGAGGUGCAAUGCCAGGCUCUGCCCAGACCUUUAUUAUAGGGUAUCUGGUUUGAAGUUUGGUCAGAAGUAUCACUAUAGAGUAUCUGCAGAAAAUGCAGCUGGAGUUUCUGAUCCAGCUGAACAGAUUGGACCAAUCUUGGCAGAUGACCCACAUGUUGGUCCCACUAUGGAUCUAAGCGUAUUCAAAAAUGGUCUAGAAGUUUUUGUCCCCAAUGCUCUUACUAUUCGUGUGCCCAUCACUGGAUACCCCACACCCAAGGCUAAGUGGAUGUUUGGUGAAAAUGAGCUUACUCCUGGUGAUCGAAUCUCAAUGGUCACAAAGCCUACAUACACUGAACUAAUCAUUACCCCAAGUGUCCGACCAGACAAGGGAACAUACACCUUACACUUGGAGAAUGAUGUGACUUCUGUCACUGGAGAGAUUGAAGUAAAUGUCAUUGCAUCUCCAAGUGCACCCAAAGACUUCAAGGUUGCUGAGGUGACCAGGCAUCAUGUCCACCUUUCGUGGGAAGCACCAGAGCAUGAUGGAGGAAGUCCUGUUACUGGUUAUAAUAUUGAGAAGAGAGAGGUGUCUCGCAAGACAUGGGUCAAGGUGAUAUCUGGUGUGCAAGACCUUGAGCACACUGUCACAGAUGUGAUUGAAGGCAAGGAGUACUUGUUCAGUGUAAUUGCUUGCAACAAAUGUGGUCCUGGGGAACCAGCAUAUAUUGAUGAGGCAGUGAAUGUUUCCUCUCCUGCUACUGUGCCAGAACCACCGGAAAGUCUAAAAUGGAGAGACAAAUCUGCAAAGGGCAUCUUCCUAUACUGGGAGCCCCCUUCGUAUGAUGGCGGUGCUCCUAUCAAGGGCUACAUUGUUGAUAAAUGCCAGCGUGGCACUGACAAGUGGGAAGCUUGUGGUGAUCCAAUACCUGAACUAAAGUUUCAGGUGACGGGUCUUAUUGAGGGACAGUGGUAUGCCUAUCGUGUGAGGGCAGUGAACAGACUGGGAGCUAGCAGACCAAGUAGGGCAACAGAUGAGAUCCUUGCUGUUGAUCCUAAAGAACCUCCAGUUAUUCAGCUGGAUGCCAAACUGCUGGCUGGCUUGACUGCCAAGGCUGGCACAAAGAUUGACCUUCCAGCAGAUGUGCUUGGAAAACCAGACCCCAGGGUGAAAUGGACCAAAGCUGACCUUAUACUUAGGCCAGAUGACAGAGUCACCAUUGACACAAAGCCUGGCCAUUCUACACUCUCUAUUGCUAAGACAACCAGGGCAGACACAGCUACUUACAUCAUUGAGGCAGUCAACACUUGUGGUCGUGCCACUGCAACAGUUGAUGUCAACAUUCUUGAUAAGCCUGGUCCCCCAGCUGCAUUUGAUAUUUCUGAAAUCACCAAUGAGUCCUGUUGUCUGGCUUGGAAUGCCCCCAGAGAUGAUGGUGGAUCUCCUGUAACCAACUACAUUGUUGAAAUGAGACCUUUGGAAAAGGAUGAGUGGCAGAAGCUCUCUGCCACAGUCAAACAGACCAAUUUUAAGGCCUGCAAACUGGUGGCUAUGAAGGAAUAUGUUUUCAGGGUAUCGGCUGAGAACCAGUAUGGCAUUGGUACUCCCGUAGAGCAUGCUCCAAUUAUUGCUAAGUAUUCAUUUGAAACUCCUGGUUCCCCAAGCAGGGUGCAGCCCUCUGAUAUCUCAAAGGAUGCUGUAACCUUGACCUGGUAUGAGCCUGAUGAAGAUGGUGGAAGUCCAGUCACUGGCUACUGGGUUGAGAGGUUUGAUCCAGAAACUGACAAAUGGAUCAAAUGCAACAAAGUACCAGUCAAAGACACUACACUCAGAGUGAAAGGGCUGGCUACCAAGAAAAAGUACAAAUUCCGUGUUUUGGCUGAAAAUCUUGCAGGACUUGGAAAACCAAGUGCUGAAACAGAUCCCAUCUUGAUUAAGGAUCCAAUUGAUCCUCCAUGGGCCCCUGGCAAACCAUAUAUCAAAGACAUUGCUAAGACCUCUGCAUUCCUGCAAUGGACUAGACCAGAGCAUGAUGGUGGUGCUAAAAUUGAGUCUUAUAUAAUUGAGCUCCUCAAGAGUGGAACUGAAGAAUGGGUCCGUGUGGCUGAGGAUGUGCCCAUGACAGAGCACUUGCUAAAGGGGCUGAUGGAGAAGCAAGAAUACUCCUUCCGUAUCAAAGCUGUCAAUGCUGCUGGAGAGAGUGAGCCAAGUGAUCCAUGUGAUCCAGUAGUGUGCAAAGAAAGACUCUAUCCUCCAUCCCCACCACGCUGGCUUGAGGUGGUCAACAUUUCGAAGAUUGACUGUGAACUGAAAUGGACUGAACCAGAAAAUGAUGGUGGCUCUCCUGUUACCAACUAUGUUGUUGAGAAAAGAGAUGUAAGACGCUGGACCUGGCAGACUGUGGACACUACAGUGAAAGACACAAAAUACACUGUAACUCCACUCAAUGAAGGAACUCUGUAUGUGUUCCGUGUGGCAGCUGAGAAUGCUGUGGGUGUGAGUGAGUUCUAUGAGCUAGAGGACUCUGUUCUAGCAAAAGAUACUUUUACGACUCCGGGACCUCCUUAUGCUUUGACUGUGGUUGCAGUUUCGAAGAGGCAUGUUGACCUGAAAUGGGAGCCUCCCAAAAGUGAUGGUGGACGAGCAAUCACAAAAUAUGUUAUUGAGAAGAAGGAGAAAGUGGGCACCCGCUGGAUAAAGUCUGGAAAGACAUCAGGGCCUGAAAUCAAGUACAGUGUGACUGAUGUUGAUGAGGGUACUGAGGUACAGUUCCAGGUUCGUGCUGAAAAUGAGGCUGGAGUUGGUGACCCAAGUGAACCCACAGACAUUAUUACAAUAGAGGAUCCUAUAAGCCCACCAUCUCCACCAAUUGAGGUUAAGAUCAUUGAUGCCAGCAGAGAGCACAUCAACAUCACAUGGCGGGCACCAGAGAAGAAUGGGGGAAGUCCUGUUACUGGAUAUCAUGUUGAGCUGUCUGAGGCUGACACAGAAAAAUGGAUGAGGAUCAAUGCUCGUCCCAUAAAAGAACUCAGAUUCAAGGCUGAAGAUGGCAUUAUUCCAGAGAAACAAUAUGUUCUUAGAGUCCGUGCUAUCAAUGCUGUUGGUGUCAGUGAUCCCUCUGAAAUCUCAGACAAAGUCUUUGCUAAAGAUCCAGACAGUGCACCAAAAAUUGAUUUGGAGACCCAAGAUGUUGUUAUUGUUGAGGGUGAGAAGAUGUAUCUAAAGAUCCCAUACAGAGCAAUUCCCAAACCAUCAGUGGUUUGGAAGAAGGGUGAGACAGAACUGAAGGCAGAUGACAGGAUGACUAUGAGAUGUGAACUCAACAGUAUUCACCUUGAGCUUCUAAAAUGCAAGCAUGAAGAUGCUGGUGUCUACACAGUCACUCUUGAAAACAGUCUGGGUUCAGUUACUGGAACAAUCAAUGUUAAAGUGAUUGGUUUGCCUGGACAAUGCAAGAGCAUCUCUCCAAGUGAGGUCACCAAGAACUCCUGUAAAAUCUCAUGGGAACCCCCAGAGAGUGAUGGUGGUAGCCCCAUUUUGCACUAUUUACUGGAGCGCAGAGAGUCUCAGAAAAAGACAUUUAUGCCUGUGAUGCCUGGAGUCAAUGUAUUAGACUUUGUGGUCAAAGACCUUAUGGUGAAUGGUGAAUAUUACUUUAGAGUUAAGGCUGUUAACAGAAUUGGAAGUGGUGAAUAUCUUGAGCUUCGCAACCCUGUCAUCAUAGAGGAGCAGAAGCAGCGGCCUGACCCACCAGUUGAGGUUGAGGGACACAACCCUACCUCUCAAUCCAUAACAGUCACUUGGAAAGCCCCACCCUAUGAUGGUGGCUGUCCAAUUACUGGCUAUAUUUUAGAGCAAAUCGAGAAGGAUGGUGAUAGAUUUGUGAGAUGUGUUCCAAACCUGGUGCCUGGUUUCUCCUACACUAUCACUGGCUUAACAGAAGACAAGGAAUAUCAGUUCCGUGUUCGUGCAGAGAAUGUGGCUGGAGAAAGCGAUCCUUCUCGCAGCACUCCCCUAAUUAAGGCUGCAGAUCCUGUUGAUCCACCAAAGGUAUCACUACAUGCACACAUUGCAUCUGGCCUGACCAUCAGAAAGGGUGAGGAGAUGAGACUGGAUGCCCACAUUUCUGGGUCACCAUACCCCAAGGUGACGUGGUUCAGGAAUGAUGAGAAUGUCCAAAAGACUGUAAAGAAGAAGCCAGGAUUUGUUGUACAAAAGAGAAAGAAGACCAAGGCUGUUCAUCCUGAACCAGAGGAAGUGUUUCAUCCUCCCCUUCCAGAUCGUCUGUCAUUUGACCAGAGCAAGAGAGGCGAGACUGCUAUGAUGGUGCGUGAUGCCAUCAGAGAUGAUCAUGGAAUUUUCACCAUCAGAGUUGAGAAUACUCACGGUUUUGCAACUGCAUCUUGUGUUGUCAAUGUUCUUGAUAAGCCUGGACCACCUUUAAACUUUGGAUUUGAUGAGAUGAGGAAAGACUCUGUCGUUUGCACAUGGAAUGCACCACUUGAUGAUGGUGGCAGUGAAAUCAUCAAUUACAUCCUGGAGAAAAAAGAUAACACCACAGAUGAAAUUGGUUGGGUUACUGUUACCUCAACCCAUAAAGGCUACAACUAUCCUGUAACCAAACUCAUUGAAGGAAAAGAGUAUAUUUUCAGAGUGACAGCUGAAAACAAGUUUGGCUGUGGACCACCAUGCUAUUCUGAGCCACUUGUUGCAAAGAAUCAAUUUGAUCCUCCUGAUGCUCCUAACAUGCCAAGAAUUGGAGAAGUCACUGCCAGCAGUGUUGCUUUGUCUUGGCAUGAACCUAAGGACAAUGGUAGUCCCAUCUUGGGCUACUGGAUUGAGAGACGUGAGGUCAACAGCAAGUACUGGACCAGAGUGAACCGUAAUCUUCUCAGCUCUCUUGCAGUCAAGGUUGAAGGUCUUAUGGAAGGCCUGGUCUAUGUCUUCAGAGUUUGUGCUGAGAAUCUUGCUGGCCCUGGAGAAUUCAGUGUCCCAACUGAUCCUGUAGUUGCAAUGGAUCCAAUUUUGCCUCCGGGUCCUCCUGUGCCAAGAAUUGUUGAUACUACAAAUACAACAGUUGAAAUAGCCUGGAUUCCUCCACUGUACAAUGGUGGUGGAGACAUUCUUGGAUAUCAUGUUGAGCGUUGCCUUGUUGGGGAGAAAGAAUGGAUUCGCAGCACUGAGUUCAGAUGCAAGGAAUGCAAGUACACCUUGACUGGCCUGACCGAGGGGGCAGAUUAUAACAUUCGUGUAUAUGCUGUAAAUGAAGCUGGUCAUGGAGUCCCAGGAAUGACUGAACCAGUUCAAGUAAAAGAGCCUGAACAGGCCCCAGGAAUUGAGUUUGAUAUCUCUGUAAGGAAUGGAGUAAUUAUAAAAGCUGGAGAGACUCUGCGUAUACCAGCUUAUGUUGUUGGCAGACCCAUACCUGAAGUGAAAUGGACAAAAGAUGAUGGUGAACCUGACAAAGAACGUGUUAUUAUUGAAACUGUUGGAAAAUGCAGCACUGUAAACAUCAAGAAUGCUCUGAGAACUGACCAUGGCAAAUAUGAGAUUACAGGAACUAAUUCCAGUGGAACAAAAUCUGCUUUUAUCAAGGUUGAUGUUAUGGAUGUUCCUGGACCAGUGGUUGAUUUAAAAACAGUCCAUGUGACCAAGAAGAUGAUUUCCCUCACUUGGUCUGAUCCUAUUGAUAAUGGUGGAAGUGAUAUCAUGGGAUAUGUUGUUGAGAGAAAAGAUGCCAAAAUGCACAUAUAUAGACAACCACUGGAAACUGCUUCAUGCAAAUGCGACAUUGUUGGUCUUCUUGAUGGUGAAGAAUAUAUGUUUAGAGUGGUUGCAAGAAACAAGUUUGGCCUUGGUGUCCCUGUUGAACUUGGACCUGUCCUAGCUGUGGAUCCUAAAGGUGUACCAUCUGCACCAGAGAAGCUUCACUACACUGAAAGGACAAAGAACACUGUUACACUUACUUGGCAGCCUCCUCGCAGUGAUGGUGGUUCUCCCAUCAGAGGCUAUUAUGUUGAAAAGAAGAGAGAAGAUAGUGAUGAAUUUGAUGUUGCCAAUCAUCAGAUCUGCAAAGAUCUCACAAUUACACUAGAAAAUCUGAAUGAGAAAAUGAUGUAUGACUUCAGAGUAAAGGCUGUCAAUGAGGUUGGGGAUGGUGAACUAUCCAAACCAAUAAAUGUCCAUAUUCAAGAUGAUGAGUUUGCCCCAACUGUGACUUUGUUGAAGUACAUCAAAAGCAAUGCCAUAACUGUCAAGAAAGGAGCAGCCAUUGAAAUUCCUGCUGAAAUUGCUGGUCUGCCAUUGCCCACCUUUGAGUGGACAAAGAAUGGAGUUGUUCUUCAAAAUUCAACUGAGACCAUGACACUUGAAUCUGAAGAGAUUAACAGACAGACUAUCAGAACCAAGAUUGCCAUUCCUGAAACUGUAAGACAAGACACAGGCCUGUACAAGCUAGCUGCCACAAAUAUUCAUGGGACAGGCCAACAAAUUAUCAGAGUUGAUAUUUUAGAUCGUCCAUUACCACCACAAAAUGUUGUGGUCUCUGAUAUUAAGGCUGAAUCUUGCUACCUCACUUGGGAUGCUCCAGAGGAUAAUGGGGGAAGUGACCUCACCAAUUAUAUUAUUGAGAAGAGAGAUGCCAGCAAGAAGAAAUCAGACUGGGAGCAACUGACAUGUUGUAUUUUGGACAGACGCUAUGGGGUCUACAAGCUUGAGGCCUAUGGAACUUACCAGUUCCAGAUAAAGGCAGAGAACAAGUUUGGAGUCAGUGAUGGGUGUGAAUCAGAGAAAGUUGUCCUUAAGGAUCCAUAUGGUCUUCCUGGUCCACCCCAAAGACCAAGAAUCAUUGGAAAUUCCCGAACAUCUAUGCUGGUAGCAUGGGAUCCUCCAAAGGACAAUGGUGGAGCAACCAUUCAGGGCUACUGGCUUGAAAAGAGAGAAAGAGGAGCGGUGUACUGGAGCAGAGUCAACAGGGCUCCUGUAACAAAGCCAGCUGUUAAAAGCUUAGAGUACAAUGUGCUGCAUCUCAUUGAAGGUGCUGAAUACCAGUUCCGUGUGAUGGCACAAAAUGCUGCUGGCAUUGGACCCCCAAGUGAAGCAACAGAAUGUGUAUUUGCCUUGGAUCCAAGAAAUGCACCGAGCCAGCCACCUGCGCCUCAAGUGAAAGACAAGACACCAAGCAGCGUAUCUCUAGCCUGGUCUCCACCAGAUAAGGAUGGUGGAAGCCCCAUUAAAGGCUAUAUCGUUGAAAUUCAAGACGAAGGCUCACAAGAAUGGAGAAGAGUGAAUGAACCUGAUAAGCUCAUUCUCACUCCAUCUUACACUGUGUCAGGGCUCAAAGAGAACAAGAAAUGUCGAUUCAGGAUUGUUGCUGUUAAUGCUGCUGGUGAAUCAGAGCCAAGUCCAAGGACUACUGACAUCCUGGUACAGGAUAUCCUUGAGGAACCCAUUAUUACAUUGGAGGUGUCAGCUCCUGAGCUGCUUUCUUGUCAUGCUGGAACAACAAUUAAAAUCCCUGCCACCAUAUCAGGCAGACCUGUUCCAGUGGUCAAAUGGGAAUAUGAUGGAACUGCCCGAACAGAGACAAAGAAUGAGCAGCACAUUCUUCCUGUGGAUUCAAAGAUCUCUUCGACUGAUACCACAACAGAAGUAACUAUCCCUGAGUGUAAGCUCAACCACUCUGGACAGUACAUCAUUACUGCUUCUAAUAAAGCUGGAACUAAAGUGGUUAAAGUCCGUGUAGCAGUACUUGAUUUGCCUGGGCCUCCAAAAGAUCUCAAAAUCACUGACAUCACAAGAAGUACAUGCAGACUUACAUGGAAGCCUCCAGAUAACGAUGGUGGUGCGAGAAUAAAGAGCUACUACAUUGAGAAGAAAACAAUUGAAGGAAAAGCCUGGACCAAGGUCAACCCAGCCUGUGCUAGUCAGUCCUUAGUAGUCCCAGACCUUGUUGAGGGACAAGACUACUUGUUCCGUAUUCGAGCUGAGAAUCGCUUUGGUAUCGGACCACCUCUGGAAACCUUCCAAAGGACACGAGCAAAGGAUCCUAUCCGUCCUCCCGAUGCACCCACAAGAGUAAAAAUUGUUGACGUAUCCAAGGGGACAGUGACUUUGACUUGGAAGCCACCGAAAAAUGAUGGUGGAUCCCCUGUAACUCACUACAUUGUUGAACGGCUUUGGUGGGAUUCUAGUGGAGAGCAGAAAGAGUCCUGGAGACAGUGCAAUAGACGUGACAUUGAUACGACAACCUUCAAAGUGGAGGACCUCCAUGAGGGUGCUGAGUAUGAAUUCCGCGUAAAGGCUGUAAAUGAGGCUGGUGCAAGUAGACCGUCUUCAACUGCAGGACCUAUCAUCGCUAAGGACCAGACAAGGGCACCUUCAAUUGUGCUCGAAGAGUUUAUGGAAGUUGAGCAAGGUACAGAUAUUCACAUUAUUGCUAAGAUCAAGGGAUGCCCAUUUCCCACUCUGACCUGGCAGAAGGCCCCUCCCCACAAAAGUGAUGCCAAGGUUGAUAUUGAAUAUGAUGAGCAUAUCAAUAAGCUUGUAACUGAUGAUAGCUGCACUCUGCUGAUCCAGCAGGGCAAGCGCUCAGACACUGGUCUCUAUACACUCACUGCCAGCAACAGCCUAGGCAAAGUCUCUAAAGAGAUGAGACUUAAUGUUCUAGGACUCCCGGGACCCCCUUCUGCACCAGUCAAGUUUGAGGAGAUUCAUGCUGAAAAUAUUUCCCUGUCAUGGUUACCUCCUAUAGAUGAUGGUGGCUCUAAAAUCACAAACUACACCAUAGAGAGACGUGUCUCCAAUAGAAAAACAUGGAUUCCUGUGCCAGGUGCACCCAAAGAGCGCAUGUUCACAAUUGAGGGUCUAAUGCCUGGCCAUGAGUAUGUGUUCCGCAUCAGGGCACAAAAUAAAUAUGGAGUUGGUGAACCUCUUGACAGUGAACCAGAGAUUGCUAGAGAUAUUUUCACUACUCCUGGCCAGUGUGAGAAACCAACCCUAUCAAGCAUUACAAUAGAUUCAAUGACAGUCAACUGGGAAGAGCCAGAAACAGAUGGUGGUAGUCCAAUUAUUGGCUACUGGCUCGAACGCAAAGAGACCACAUCAAAACGCUGGAACAGAGUUACUCGUGAUCCAAUCAGGCCAAUGCCUUUUGGGGUUUCUUACAGAGUUACAGGACUCAUUGAAGGCUCUCAGUACCUCUUCCGUGUGACUGCAAUCAAUGCUGCUGGAUGUGGACCCCCAAGUUUACCAUGUGACCCAACAUUUGCCAGAGAUCCAAUUGCUCCUCCUUCACCACCAACCCCUAAAGUCACUGACUGGACAAAGAGAACAGCUGACUUGGAAUGGAUUCCACCUCUAAAAGAUGGAGGCUCAAAGAUCAUGGGUUACUAUGUUGAAUACAAAGAGGAAGGCACAGAGGCAUGGGUUAAGGCCAAAGAAAAAGAAGUCAGAGGAACAAAAUUUGUAAUUACUGGCCUCAAAGAGAAUGGAUUUUACAAGUUUAGAGUUUUGGCCUUCAAUGCUGCUGGGCUAAGUGAACCAGGAGAAGUUGCUGAAGUUUUUGAAAUGAAGGACAAAUUAAUUGCUCCAGGACUUGAAAUGGAUGUAUCAAUGAAAGAGAGGAUUGUUAUUCAUGCAGGUGGUGUGAUCCGCAUCAUAGCAUAUGUGUCAGGCGUGCCUGCACCUGAAAUAACAUGGAACAGAGAUGGUGGAGUUGUUCCACAGGAGGCUGUUGUUGAGACCACAUCAAUCAGCACUUCAUUAGUAAUUAAGAAUUGCACAAGAAAGCAACAGGGUGUUUAUAGUUUAACAGCAAAGAAUGCUGGAGGAGAGGUGAAGAAGACAGUCAUUGUUGAGGUUCUUGAUGUUCCUGGUCCAGUUGGUAUACCUUUUAUAGCAGAUAAUCUUACUACUGACUCAUGCAAAUUGACAUGGUUCUUCCCAGAAGAUGAUGGCGGUUCUCCUAUAUCUAAUUUCCUAAUUGAGAAACGUGAAGCUGAACGCAAAGCUUGGACAGCAUGCUCAUAUAAUGCCGCUAGGCAAAAUGCUGUGGUUAAUAAUCUUACUUUAGGAAAAGGAUACUUCUUCAGAGUUGCACCUGAAAAUGCAGUGGGAGUCGGUCCAUUCCGUGAAACUGCAUGUGAAAUUGUCAUCAGGGAACGUCUAAGUGUACCAGACCGUCCAGAGGAAGUUGAGGUCACUGCUGUCACUAAUGACCAUAUUAGUUUAACAUGGAAGCCACCAAAGAAUGAUGGCGGAUGUGAGGUGACUUCCUACAUUCUGGAAGCACGUGUGAUUGGCAAGGACAGGUUUAUGAGAUUGACCAAAGAUAAACUGAUGGACAGGAGAUUCACCUAUGAUGGUCUUCGGGAGGGUGAUACAUUUGAAUUCCGUGUGAGUGCAGUCAAUGAGAUUGGUCAGGGCAAGCCUUCCUUCUGCACCAAACCAAUCACAUGCAAAGAUGAGCUUGAACCUCCAACAAUUGAACUAGACUUCCGUGACAAAGUUAUUGCUCGUGUUGGAGAUAGUUUUGCUCUGCAAGGACGCUACACAGGCAAGCCGGCCCCAUCUGUUACAUGGUCAAGAGAUGAUGAGGAGCUGAAGGCAGAUCAACAUGUUCAGUUCAAGAAUACAAUAAACACCAUGUGCCUUGGGAUUAUCAAGGCUCAGCGUCAGCACAGUGGCAGAUACUGUGUUACAGUUGAAAAUUGUACUGGAGCCCGCAAGGGCAUUUGCAAUGUCACUGUUGUUGACCGUCCACUGCCACCUGAAGGUCCAGUUAUAUUUGAGGAAGUUCAUAGAGAUCAUAUGGUAAUUUCUUGGAAGCCUCCUCUUGAUAAUGGCGGAUGUGAAAUUUCCAACUAUAUAAUAGAGAAGAGAGAUAUUAACAGGGACAUGUGGACCACUGUAACAUCUGCCACCACAAAAACUACCUGCAAAGUACCCAAGCUUGUGGAAGGGCGUGUUUAUAUCAUAAGAAUCAGUGCUGAGAAUAUGUAUGGCAUCAGUGACCCACUGGAGUCUGAAGAAAUGAAGGCCAAGGAUCUUUUCAGAGUACCUGAGGCACCUGAUGAGCCUACUGUUAAAGAAGUGUACCAUGACUCAGCCCUGGUGCUUUGGAACCGCCCUCGUGAUGGUGGCAAGCCCAUUACUAACUACUACUUAGAAAAGAAAGAGCCUUCUGCUAAGAGAUGGUCCAGGGCAACUAGAGAUCGCAUCUACCCUGCUACCCAGUAUAGGGUGCAAGAUCUCACUGAAGGCUGUGAAUAUGAAUUCCGUGUCAUAGCAGAGAAUGAAAUUGGUACUGGAGAUCCUAGCCCUCCAUCUAAGCCAAUACUAGCGAAGGAUCCUAUUGUACGGCCUAGCCCACCUGUUCUACCUGAGGUCACUGACAAAACAAAAGAUUCUGUGAGUCUGUCAUGGCGUGUUCCUCGCCAUGAUGGUAAAGGCAAAAUCUUUGGAUACCUUGUUGAGUAUCAGAAGCCUGGCGCAAUUGAAUGGUUGCAGGCCAAUGACACACCAGAAUCGUGCCCUGAUACCAAGUUUGUUGUGAAGAACCUAAAAGAGGGAGAAGAAUUCCGCUUUAGGAUUAUGGCUGUGAACGCAGCUGGAAAAUCUGAUCCUGCUUAUGUAAAGGAACCAGUUAAAGUGCAUGACAGACUUGAAGAACCAGAGUUGUUGCUGGAUGCAAAUAUGUCACGGGACCAUCUUGCUAUGCUUGGAACAGAUAUCACACUAAGUGCUAAGAUUAAAGGCAUACCAAUUCCCACUGUGUCUUGGAAGAAAAAUGGUGAUGAUGUUCCUGCUCAAUGUGUUAUUGAAGUCACAGCAAGUGGAAGUAAACUACAUAUAAAGAAAUGUACCCGUGCUGACUGUGGAAACUAUACUAUAACCAUUCAAAAUGCAGCCGGCUCAAAGACAGCAACAUGCACAGUGCUUGUUCUUGAUAAACCAGGACCGCCAAGAAAGCUCACUGUUUCAGAUGUUACAAGUGAGUCAGCUUAUCUAACCUGGCAAAAGCCAGAAGAUGAUGGCGGCGCUGUGAUCUCUCACUAUAUUGUGGAGAAAAAAGAUGUUGCAGCUGAGAAUUGGGUACCAGUGUGUGCCUCAUCGAAGAAGCUUAGCCUCAUGGCUUUAUACCUAAUGGAGGGUGUUCAGUAUUUAUUCCGUGUAGCAGCUGAGAAUCAGUUUGGAAGAAGUGCAUAUACUGAAACCAACAAGCCUAUCAAGGCAGUUGAUCCUCUCUAUCCUCCUGGCCCUCCCAAGAAUUUGCACCAUGUCGAUGCAGAAAAAACUGAAGUAUGGCUUGAAUGGGAGUGGCCUGAUCGUACUGGUGGAAGUGAAAUCACUGGAUUUAUUGUUGAACAUCAAGAAGAAGGGGCCACUGACUGGGUCACCUUUAAAACUGUCAGCAACCCAAACUGCCAUGUUACUGGACUUGAAGAAGGAAAAACGUACAGAUUCCGUGUAAAAUCCCAAAAUGCUAUUGGCAUUAGCCGACCAGAUACAAGUGUACCAAUUACUUGCCAGGAGAAGACUUUGGCACCGUCUAUUGAAGUUGAUGUGAAACUCAUUGAGGGUCUUACUGUAAAGGCUGGAAGCACAAUUGUACUCCCUGCAGUCAUGAAAGGAAUACCAAUUCCAACACCCAAAUGGCUAAGUGAUGGCACUGAGCUGAAAUCAGAGGGCAAAUACAAGAUUAAUAAUGAAGGAACUUCAACAGUUCUAAGCAUUGCUGAUUGUGCAAGGACGGACAGUGGAGAAUAUAUUCUUACUGUUUCAAAUCCCGCAGGAAGCAAGUCAGUUGCUCUUCAUGUAACAGUGCUUGAUCUUCCUGGUCCUCCGAUUGGACCUGUCAACAUCCUUGAGGUUACUCCUGAUCACAUGGUUAUCCAAUGGCGGGCACCUAAGGAUGAUGGUGGCACACCACUGAUGAAUUACAUUGUUGAAAAGAAGGAUGUCAAGAAGUCUUGGGAACCAUGGUCUGUUGUUACUUCUGGAAGUAUCAGCAACAAAGCAAAGGUCCCACGUUUAGAGAAGGGUCGUGAAUAUAUUGUACGCAUUCGUGCUGAGAACAAGAUUGGCAUUGGUGCUGCUCUUGAAAGUCCUCCAACUAUUGCGAAGCAUAUGUUUAAUCCACCAGGCCCUCCUGGGCCACCAACAUGUUCAGAUAUUACAGAAAAUGCUGUGACAUUGUCAUGGACUGCACCAGAAACUGAUGGUGGAAGCCCAGUUAGUGGCUACAUUGUGGAACGCAGGGAAAUGACUGGUAAAUGGAUUCGUGUGAACAAAACACCAGUUUUGGAUAUUCGCUACAGAGUCUCUGGUCUUUUUGAGGGAAACAUCUAUGAAUUCAGAAUUUUUGCUGAAAAUGUUGCUGGUGUAAGUGAGCCUUCCUAUCCUUCAGACCAAAUAAAAGCCACACGACCAAUUGCUCCUCCUGGACCUCCAAGUAACAUAAGACUGAAGGAUUGGAGCAAAUCAUAUGCAGAUUUGGUUUGGACCAAGCCUAACAGAGAUGGUGGUAGCCCUGUUUUAGGCUAUGUUGUUGAAAUCCAAAAAUCUGGCUCUGCACAGUGGGAAAGGAUCAAUAAGGACCUUAUCAAGCAAUGUGCAUUCAGAGUCCCAGGACUUAUUGAAGGCACAGAGUACAGAUUCCGUAUUAGAGCAUCUAACAAAGUUGGGGAUGGAGAGCCACGAGAGCUAACAGAGACAGUACUUGCCAAAGACAUCCUUGUUCCUCCAGAGAUUACUGUUGAUGUUGCUUGCCGUGACCUUGUAACAGUUCGGGCAGGACAGAUCAUCAGCCUUGUCGCCCGGGUUAAAGGCAGACCCGAUCCUGAAAUCACAUGGACUAAGGAUGCAAGAGCCUUAGGCAGAGACAAGAGAACAGAAAUGAUUAACAACUUUCCAAUUGUUGAACUAGUCAUUCAGGAUGCUGUAAGAGGAGACUAUGGAAAAUAUGCAAUUCAAGCUAAAAACAGCUGUGGUCAAGCAAAUGCUACAAUCAUUGUUAAUGUGCUUGACAUUCCUGGAGCAUGCCAGAACCUAAAGGUUGCAUAUGUGACCAAGGACUCCUGCAUGGUGUCUUGGGAAAAUCCAGAGGACAAUGGUGGCACAGAAAUUACAAAUUACAUAAUUGAGCGCCGGCAACCUAGUCAAAGGGGAUGGACAAUUGUUUCAUCUGAUUGCACCAAACGUCUUGUGAAGGCUCCACUUGUGGAGAACUGUGAAUAUUUCUUCCGUGUUAGCGCAGAGAAUAAAAUUGGUGCAGGACCACCAACAGAAACAAAAUCAGCAGUACUUGCUGUUGACCCAGUUGAAAAACCUGGUGAGCCAGAGAAUUUCCAUAUUACUGAAAUUGGAAAAACCUUUGUCUUCCUUAAAUGGAAGAAGCCAGAGUAUGAUGGUGGUAGUCGCAAUCUUGCUUAUCAUGUGGAAAAGAAACCAAAAGAGGCAGAAGAAUGGGAAAGACUCCACAAAGGUGCUAUUAAAGAGACAUAUUUCAUGGCUGACAGAUGCAUAGAAAACCAAAUAUAUCAAUUUAGAGUACAAACUAAAAAUGAAGGAGGAGAGAGCAACUGGGUGAAUACAGCUGAAGUUCUUGUAAAGGAGGAACUUGCAGUUCCGGCGCUACAUGUCAAGUUGGAAGGUGUUCUGGUAGUUAAAGCCGGAGAAUCCAUUCCAAUUGAGGCAGAGGUUAAAGGCAAACCACAACCAGAUGUCAAAUGGGCUAAAGAAGGUGACACUGAAGAUAUCAAUCGAAGUCCUCGACUACAGGUUGAAACUGGUGUUAACUUUUCUAAAUUCCUGCUUACAAAUUCAAAACGAGCAGAUACUGGAAAAUAUACCAUCACUGCAACAAAUCCUGCUGGAACCUGUACUGCUGAGGCUAAAGUGAAUGUUCUUGAUAGACCUGGACCUGUUAGAGAUCUCAAGGUGUCAGGCAUUUCAGUGGAUAGAUGUAAGUUGGAAUGGGAAGUGCCUGAGGAUGAUGGUGGAUGUGAAAUUUAUAACUACAUAAUUGAGAAAUGUGAGACAAAGAGAGGUGUCUGGUCAAUUCAUUCUUCGGCUAUUAUAAAAAAUUCUGCCAAUGUAACUCGUCUAAUUGAAGGAAAUGAGUACAUCUUUAGAGUAAGGGCAGAAAACAAGAUGGGGACUGGACCUGCUGUACAAACAGAGUCUAUUAUUGCAAGGACCCAAUUCAGUAGACCUGGUGCACCAGAUGCACCUGAGGUGACCAAAGUUUCAAAAGAUGAAAUGGCAGUUGUAUGGUGCUCCCCUGAUAAUGAUGGUGGAAAACCUAUCACUGGUUAUAUUCUUGAAAAGAAAGAAGAACAUGGUAUUAGAUGGGCACCAGUUACUAAAUCUCCUAUUGCCAGUACAUGUUUGACUGUAACAGGACUGUUGCCUAACCAUGAAUACCAAUUCCGUGUAAAGGCUGAGAAUGAGGUUGGAGUUGGUGAUGCAAGCAAGCCAUCUAGAACAUACACUGCAAGGGAUCCUGUUGGGCCUCCUGGUCCUGUUGGAAACUUAAAGGUGACCGAUAGUUCCAAAACAUCAAUCACUCUUGGAUGGACAAAACCUACACAUGAUGGUGGUGCUCCACUCAUUGGAUAUGUAGUUGAGCUCAGAGUCAAGGGCACAGGCAAGAAGGGAGAAGAAGGAUGGAAGAGGUGCAACGUUGCAGCCCAGCUGAUUGGAACAGAGUUCACAGUCACAAGUCUGGAUGAAAAGCUUGAGUAUGAAUUCCGUGUUUCUGCACAAAACCAGAUAGGUUUGAGCCAACCAACUAAUCUUGAGGGAGCUGUUUCUCCACGAGACAUUUUUGAUGCCCCAGAAGUUGUUUUGGAUGCUGAGCUGAAAAAAGGUCUUACUGUUAGAGCUGGCUGCCCAAUAAGAAUAGUUGCAACUGUCAGAGGACGACCACCUCCAAAAGUGUUAUGGAGAAGAAUGGGAAUUGAUAAUGUUGUCAAGAAAGGUCAUGUGGAUCUCAUUGACACAAUGACAUUCCUUGUCAUCCCUGAUACCACCCGUGAUGAUUCAGGCAAAUACUCCCUCACUGUAACAAGCCCAGCAGGAGAAAAAGCUGUAUUUAUCAAUGUUAAAGUACUUGACACACCUGGACCGGUUGUUGGUCUGGAGGCCACAGAUAUUACAAUGGUAUCUUGCAACCUUUCAUGGUCCCCACCUGAAACUGAUGGCGGCAGUGAAGUAACUCAUUAUAUUGUUGAGAAGCGUGAAAUAGAUCGCAAGACUUGGGCAACAGUUAAAACUGAUAUAGCUAAAACAACGUUUAAUGUCAGCAAUCUUGUACCAGGAACAGAAUAUUACUUCAGAGUUACUGCAGUGAAUGUGUAUGGUCCCGGUGUUCCAAAGGCCACACAGAGAUCAUAUCUGGCUUCUGAUCCUAUCAGUAAACCUGAUCCACCACAGAAGGUAGAUGUUUUGGAGAUCACUAAGAACAGUGCUAAGGUGGGCUGGGUCAAACCAAUGAGGGAUGGUGGAGCUAAGAUUGAUGGCUAUAUAAUUGACUACCUUGAGGUUCCUGAGCCCAAAAUAAUCAAGAAACCAGUGGUGGGUGAAAGUGAGGUGGAGCCUGGUGCUCAGCCUGUGUCCCCACCACCACCAGUGGUGAAGAAGGAAGAAAUAAAGGAGGUAAAGAAAGAAUGGACACCAUAUACCACUGUGAAAGAUUUAUUUGUCUCUGUUGUUGGGCUGAAGGAAGGAAGGAAAUAUCGCUUCAGAGUGGCUGCACGAAAUGCCAUGGGAGCUAGUCUUCCCACUGAAACCAAAGAAGCAUAUGAGAUUAAAGAACAAAUGUUGGAACCCAAGGUUAUCAUGCCAGAGCUUGUAACUGCAAAAGCAGGAGCAAGAGUGAGAAUUGAGGCUCUUGUAUCUGGCAAGCCAGCACCUGUGUGUCAGUGGAAGCGAGGAGAUGACAAGGUGGUCCCCUCAAGCCGCCUUGCAGUACACAAAUCCCAGAACAUGUGUGUGCUCAUCAUCAAAGAUGUCUCAAGAACAGAUAGUGGUCAAUAUAGCCUUGUUGCAGAGAACUGCUCAGGAAAGGUGGAACCAGUUAUUAAGAUUGUCAUUAAAGAUAUUCCUGGACCACCUGAGCCCCCAUUUGAAAUAAGUGACAUUGACUCCGAUGCUUGUACACUGUCUUGGAACCCACCACUAGAAGAUGGUGGUAGCAAUAUCACUAAUUAUGUGGUUGAGAAAUGUGAUGUGAGCAGAGGUGACUGGGUUACUGCCCUUUCCAGCUGUGGCAAGGCUGGCUGCAGACUUGGUAAACUUAUUCCUGGAAAGGAGUAUAUGUUCCGUGUUCGUGCAGAGAACCGUUUCGGAAUUUCUGACGCCAUUACAUCUGAGAGGAUGAUAGCUAAAUUUCCCUUUGAUGUUCCUGGUGAACCCUUGAACUGUCGAAUUACAAAAAUAAACAAGGACUGCAUGUUUGUGGCUUGGGAUAAGCCAGAAUCAGAUGGUGGCAGCCCAGUUACUGGAUAUUACAUUGAGCGAAAAGAGAGGAAUAGUCUCUUAUGGGUUAAGGCUAAUGAUUCAGUUGUGAGAACAACUGAAUAUCCUUGUGCUGGUCUCAUUGAGGGUCUGGAAUACACGUUCAGAGUAUCUGCUAUUAACCGUGCAGGACAGGGCAAACCAAGUGCAAAGACUGAUUUUGUUACAGCAAGAACACCAGUGGAUGCUCCUGGUAAACCAGAGGUACUUGAUGUGACCAAAAAUACAGUUUCACUGGUUUGGUCCAAACCAAAGAAUGAUGGUGGAAGCAAGAUCAUCGGAUACUAUGUUGAAGCCUUGAAGGUUCCUGGAGACAAAUGGGUGCGAUGCAACAUAAGCAGUCAGAAUGUACCUCGGGAAGAGUACAGUGUAUCUGGAUUGGAAGAGGGUGCCCAGUAUCAAUUUAGGGUUAUUGCAAAAACAGCCAUUAAUCUUAGCAGGCCAUCUGAAGUCAGUGACCCUAUUCUGGUGUCUGCAGAGAAUGUUCCUCCCAGAAUAGAACUGCCAAUACAAAUGAAGAAGAUGGCACCAAAGAAAGCUGGGUCAGAUAUCUGCCUUGAAGCUGAGGUUUUUGGUAAACCAAUGCCAAAGGUUACAUGGAGCAAGGAUGGAAAAGUGCUGAGCAUGGAUAAAGACAUGAAGAUGUCACAAAAAAGACACCUAUUUUGUCUAAACCUGACUGCAGUUACAAAACUACAUACAGGGCAGUACAGCAUUCUUGCUGAGAAUGCAAGUGGGUCGAAGACAGCAGACAUAGAGCUCACAGUUUUGGAUGUGCCUGGUCCACCUGCCUCUAUCAAGUUAGAAGAGGUAUUUUCUGAUCAUGUAAAAUUGAACUGGACAGCUCCACUUGCAGAUGGUGGUUCACCAAUUACAAACUAUAUUGUGGAUAAGCGUGAGUCAAGCCGAGCUAAUUGGGCCCAGGUUUCUGCAAAAAUCAGCCGUGACAUAACCGAAUUUUGUGUGGAAAGACUGAUAAUGGGUCAUGAAUACCAGUUCAGGGUACGUGCUGAAAACCGUUAUGGAGCUGGUGAUGCCAUCCUCUCAGAUCUUGUUGUUACAAAGGACCCUUUCACUGUUCCUGGACAAUGUGAUGCACCAAUCAUUACAAAUAUCACAAAGGAGAAAAUGACUGUAAGCUGGAAGGAACCCUCAGAUGAUGGCAACUCUACCAUUCUUGGAUAUGUUGUUGAAAAGCGUGAGACCAAAGAAAUAAACUGGACCAAAUUAAAUAGGAAGCCAUUACUUGCAAGAUCGCUUGAAGUUGGAGGUCUCUCAGAAGGGGCUCAAUAUGAGUUCAGAGUUAUUGCAGUUAACAAAGCUGGUCCUGGAAAACCUAGUGAGCCAUCAAAUUCUGCUGUAGCAGUUGAUCCUAUCUAUCCUCCUGGACCACCAAUUUCACCAAAGGUUACAGACACAAGUAACAGCACUAUUAGCUUAUCUUGGACUAAACCUGCAAAUGAUGGUGGAAGUGAAAUUUUGGGAUAUCUAGUUGAAUGCAAAAGAACAGAUGCAACAGACUGGAUCAGAUGCAAUGUCCCAAAGAAUCUACAGGACACACACUAUGUUGUCACUGGACUCUUGGAGAAAUCAGAAUAUCAGCUACGUGUUAGUGCGGUGAACAAAGUUGGCUUUAGUCAGCCAUGUGAAGUCCCAGAUAAACAUGUUGCAAAGGAUGUGUUUGUUGCACCCGAGGCUGAACUUGAUGCAGAGUUGAAGGAUACAUUGGUGCUUCAGGCUGGUGCUCGAAUGAAACUUCAUGCCAAAAUUAAAGGCCGACCUACUCCAAAGGUCACAUGGGCCAAGAUGAAUACAAACAUAAAGGACAGACAGGGAAUUGUCAUUAAAGUCUCAGACACUGAAACAAUGGUUUAUGUUGAAAAAGUUAAUAGAAAUGAUGCAGGAAAAUAUAUUCUCAACCUUGAUAGUGUCAGUGGCAUGAAGAUGUACACAGUUGUCGUUAAGGUUCUUGAUACCCCAGGCCCACCACUAAACCUGAUGGUGAAAGAGACAUCAAAGGACAGUGCAUCUAUCAUGUGGGAUGAACCACUAAUUGAUGGUGGAAGUGAAAUUACAGGUUACAUAGUAGAAAAACGUGAUGCAGAGAGAAAAGCAUGGUCCACAGUUUCAGCCAGCUGUAAUAAAACAUCUUUCAAGAUUGAAGACCUGGAGCCUGGUAGAUCCUACUACCUUAGAGUAAAGGCUCAGAAUAAGUACGGCACUGGUGAACCUGGUGAAACAGCAGAUGCUGCCAGAGCCUCUGAACAACCUGGACCAGUCUUGGACUUCAAGGCCUUGCUAGUAACUAGAGAUUCAUGCACACUUUCUUGGAAGAAACCAGUUAGUGAUGGUGGUAGUCGCAUAAUUGCAUAUGUGCUUGAAGUUCUUAAUGGUGAAGACAAAUGGAAGGAACUUCUAAGAUCCAGGAACAUGCAAUAUAGUGCUAAAGAUCUUGUUGAAGGAAGGGAAUACAAAUAUAGAGUAAGGGCAACCAACGAUGCAGGCGAUGGCCCAGUGAAGGAGCUCUCCAUUGUGGCAAAGGAUGUUAUUGUUUCUCCCAGCUGUGAUUUAAGGGAUUUGCCAAACUUGAACUACAUUGCAAAAGAAGGAAGCACUGUUCGAGUCAAGAUUCCCAUCAUUGGUAAACCUGUCCCAACAGUCUCAUGGAAGAAGGGUGAAGAUGAAAAUUUGACUGACACUGGAAGAGUGUGUGUGGAAUCGACUGCUGUUAAUACAACUCUCUUGAUUCGUGACUGCCAGAGAAAUGAUGGUGGAAAAUAUACCAUUACUCUUCGUAAUAGUGCUGGAUCAAAAGAAUCCUCUAUAUUUGUAAGAGUCGUUGGCAAACCAGGAAUUUGUACAGGACCUAUCAAGUUUAAGGAAGUAACAGCUGAUGGAGCUACUUUAAAAUGGGGUGUUCCUAAAGAAGAUGGAGGAUCAGAAGUCACCAACUACAUUCUAGAGAAACGUGAUUCCAUUACCAAUAUGUGGGUAACUGUUUCCUCAGCAGUGGACACAAACAGUUAUAGAGUGUCUGGUCUCCAUGAAGGAACAGAAUAUAUCUUCAGAGUUUCUGCAGAAAACAAAUAUGGAGUUGGAGAGGGUCUUAAAUCUGAACCUAUGGUUGCCAAGCAUCCAUUUAAUGUUCCUGAUGCUCCACCUGCACCACAGAUCUUGAGCAUGCGUCAUGACUCAGCAACCUUGGCUUGGUCUGAUCCACGAAAAACAGGCGGUUCACCAAUUACGGGAUAUCAUGUGGAAUUCAAGGAAAGAAACAGCAUGUUAUGGAAAAGAGCUAACCCAGCACCUUUAAAAAUGAAAGACUUCAAAGUAAAAGGUUUAACUGAGGGCCUGGAAUAUGAGUUUAGAGUAAUGGCUAUAAAUUUGGCUGGCGUUGGCAAGCCAAGUCCUCCGACUGAGCCAAUGGUUGCCUUGGAUCCUAUUGAUCCGCCUGGUAAACCUGAUGUAAUCAGCAUCACAAAAAGUACAGUUACACUUCAAUGGACUGAACCUCAGUAUGAUGGAGGACACAGACUUACGGGUUACAUUGUUGAGAGACGUGAUCUUCCUGCGAAGUGCUGGGUGAAAGCCAACACUGUAAAUGUUGUGGAAUGUGCAUAUACUGUGGCUAACUUGCAGGAGGGUUGCAAGUUUGAAUUCAGAAUCAGAGCCAAGAAUUCAGCUGGGGCAAUAAGUCCACCAUCUGAACAAACUGAUACUCUUGUAUGCAUGGAUGAAUAUGCGGCCCCAGCAAUUAUUAUUGACCCCACAGUAAAGGAAGGGCUUACAGUCAGAGCUGGAGACACAAUAUUCAUUACAGCAACAAGUAUUUUGGGAAAACCUGCACCAAGUUCAGUCUGGUCAAAAGGAGGAAAGUAUUUCAAGCCAUCAGAUAUAUGCCAGAUUGAGACUACUCCUACAUCCUCUACUCUGUCUAUCAAAUAUGCAAGCAGAAAGGAUUCAGGAGAGUAUACCAUUACAGCAAGCAAUCCAUUUGGUGUUAAAGAAGAAAAUGUCAAAGUAAAGGUGUUAGAUGUCCCUGGGCCCCCAGGACCAAUUGAAACAAGUGGCAUAUCAUCUGAAAAAGUUACUUUGACCUGGGCACCACCUAGUGAAGAUGGUGGAUCUGCAAUUAAGUAUUACAUUCUAGAAAAGAGGGAAACAAGCCGUCUUCUUUGGACAAUUCUUGCAGAAAAGGUUAUUGACUGUCAUUUUGUUGCAAAUAAACUAAUCCAAGGGAAUGAGUACAUAUUCCGUGUAUCAGCUGUCAACCAUAGUGGAUCUGGUGAUUUUUCACAUUCAGAGCCUGUGAAGAUGGUGGAUAAUUAUGGUCCCCCAGGCCCUCCAGCAAGACCAGAGGUGGAAAAUAUUGGAGGCAGGACUGUUACACUUACAUGGAAGAGACCAGCUGAUGAUGGAGGCAGUGAUAUCACAGGCUAUAUGGUUGAGAAAAAAGAAAGAAAGGGUGUAAGGUGGUCAAGAGCAUCAAAGAAGACUGUACCUGACCUUCAGUUUGAGGUGCAAGGCCUCACAGAAGGAGAAGAGUAUCAAUUCAGAGUAACAGCUGAGAACAAGGCUGGCUUUGGGGAACCCAGUGAGCCGUCACAACCUGUUAGAACAAAGGUCAUGGCAAAUGUACCCGGACCCCCAGUCAACCCAAGAGUCACAGAUACGACAAAAACCACAGCUGAACUGCACUGGGGUAAACCUUUAAAUGAUGGUGGCAUGCCUGUUACAGGAUAUACUGUUGAGCACAAAAAGGAUGGAGAAGAAACAUGGGUGAAAGAUACAACUACACCUUUAAUGAUCACAGAAUUUGUUGUUCCAAACCUGGAGACUGGAGCAAAGUAUCAUUUUAGAAUCAGUGCCAUGAAUGCAAUGGGAGUUGGUGAUCCAGCACAAACAGUAGAUGUUACUGAAAUUAUCGAACGUAAAGUAAUCCCAGACCUGGAACUUGAUGUUGAAUUAAGAAGAACACUAGUUGUCAAAGCUGGAUGCUCUAUUCGCAUAUUUGUUCCAAUUAAAGGCCGUCCAACUCCAUCUGUUACUUGGACAAAGGAGGAGACUGCACUAAAAACCCUUGCCAACAUUGACAAUACAGAGUCUUACACUCUUUUAGUCAUUCCUGAUUGCAACAGACAUGAUGCUGGAAAAUAUGACUUAACAUUAGAGAAUGCUGCAGGAAAGAAGACUGCCUUUGUGAAUGUUAAAGUUUUGGACUCUCCAGGGCCUCCUAUUAAUCUUAAACCAAAAGCCAUUGACAAGGAAAGCAUUACACUUCAGUGGGAACCACCUCUUAUUGAUGGUGGUGCAAAGAUUACUAAUUACAUAAUUGAAAAGAGAGAAGCUACUCGCAAAGCUUAUGCUACUGUAGUAACAAAAUGUGCCAUGUGUUCUUUAAGAGUUCCAAAUUUGUCAGAGGGGUCAGAAUAUUAUUUCAGAGUAUCUGCAGAAAAUGAAUUUGGAAUUGGUGAAGCAGUAGAAACCCUAGAUCCCAUCAGAGCAUCUCAAGCACCAAGUCCCCCAGAAAUGGUCACAAUUACUGACGUUACCAAAAACUCAGCUAGUCUCGCAUGGACCAAACCAAAACAUGAUGGUGGAAGCAGAAUAACUGGGUAUGUUAUUGAAGCUCAGAAAAAAGGAACAGACCAAUGGGCUCAUGUGACAACUGUAAAGGCUUUAGACUUUACUGUAAAGAAUUUAAAUGAAAAUGAGGAGUAUGUAUUCCAUGUCAUGGCAGUUAACUUGUCAGGCAGAAGCCAUCCUCGAGAAAGCAAACAUGUCAUUAUAAAAGAACAAAGCACAGAACCAGAAUUUGACUUGCGGGGUAUCUGCAAGAAGACAGUCAUAGCAAAGGCUGGAGAUGACAUAAAGGUUGAGAUACCUGUAAUUGGGCGUCCUAAACCUACAGUAACCUGGCAGAAAGACCAUCAAGCUCUCAAGUUAAUGCAAAGGACAAUGGUGGAAAAUACCUCUACCUCUACCAUCUUGACUAUAAAUGAAUGUUUGAGAAGUGACACUGGAGUGUAUUCAAUUACAGGGAAAAAUAUAGUUGGUUCAGUUACUGAGAACAUCAUAAUCAAAGUGCACGAUGUCCCUGGACCACCUAAGGGACCAAUAAAAUUAGACAAAAUAUCACGUGAUUCCAUUGAGUUCUCAUGGGAUCUACCUGAAAAUGAUGGAGGUGUACCAAUUAAUAACUAUAUUAUUGAAAUAAGAGAAACCACCAGUCAGAAUUGGACCGAACUCUCUUCAAUGGUCAUUCGAACAACAUUUAAAGCACUUCAUCUAACAACAGGGGUGGAAUACCAAUUUCGUGUAAAAGCCAAAAAUAGAUAUGGUGAAGGACCACCAAUUACCUCAGAGGCUGUAGUUGCAGCUUAUCCAUUUAAGUUGCCUGGGCCACCAGGCACUCCCAAGGUUGUCGAAUUUACAAAGGACACAAUGACAGUUGGCUGGAAUGAGCCAGUUAAUGAUGGGGGAAGUGAAGUUAUUGGAUAUCAUCUUGAAAGAAAGGAGAGGAACAGCAUUGUCUGGCACAGAAUUAGCAAAUCUCUUGUAGUGGGAAACCUUUUCAAAACAACUGGUCUGGAGUCUGGCACUGCAUAUGAGUUCCGUGUGAUGGCUGAAAAUGUAGCAGGAAUUGGGAAACCAAGCAAAGCAUCUGAGCCCAUGCUUGCUCUUGAUCCAGUGGAUCCACCUGGUCAGCCUUUACCGAUCUGUGUGUCUAAAAAUGCAAUCACAAUUCAGUGGACAAAGCCAGAAUAUGAUGGUGGGUUCAAGAUUACGGGUUACAUUGUGGAAAAAAGAGAUCUACCAGCUGGGCGCUGGAUAAGGGCCAACUUCACAAACAUUAUUGAAACCACCUUUACUGUUAGUGGUUUAACCAAAGAUGCAUCCUAUGAAUUCCGUGUACUUGCAAGAAACUCAGCUGGUGCUGUUAGCAACCCAUCAGAUGUAUCAGAUCCAAUAAUUUGUAAAGAUGACUUUGAAGAACCAAAAAUUAUGGUUGAUGCCAAAUUUAAGGAUGUUGUGCUUGUUAGGGCAGGAGAAGCUUUCAAACUUGAUGCUGAUGUUACAGGCCAGCCACUGCCAUCUAUGGUUUGGACGAAAGAUGGAAAGGACAUUGAAAACACAUCUAAACUACAGAUAAAAAUGACAGACCUCACUGCUUCUUUGGUUAACAAGGACUCCCUUCGAAAAGAUGGAGGUCAGUUUGUUCUGACAGCUACUAAUGUGGGUGGAUUUGCUAAACACACAUUCAAUGUUAAAGUCCUUGAUAGACCAGGACCACCUAGAGGACCUCUUAUGGUUUCAGAUAUAACAGCAGAAAAAUGUGUGCUUAAAUGGGCUCCACCUGAAGAUGAUGGUGGGGCAAACAUUGAACACUAUGUAAUUGAAAAACGUGAGUCAAGCAGACUUGCUUGGACAAAUGUGGCAACAGAAUUGCAAGUUACACAGUACCAGGUAACAAAAUUGCUCAAAGGAAAUGAAUAUAUUUUCAGAGUCAUGGCUGUUAAUAAGUAUGGAGUUGGGGAAGCUCUUGAGUCUGACCCAACAAUUGUAGACAACCCUUAUGUUCCACCUGAUCCUCCACAAAUGCCUGAGAUUACAGCUGUCACAAAGGAUUCAAUGGUGAUUUGCUGGAGAGCUCCAGCAAAUAAUGGUGGAAGUGAAAUCACUAACUAUGCCAUUGAGAGAAGAGACAGAAUUGGUUUACGCUGGGUGAAAUGCAACAAGAAGAAAGUAACUGACUUACAUUUCAAGGUAACUGGACUUGUUCCAGGACAUGAAUAUGAAUUCAGAGUUUUUGCAGAGAAUGUAGCUGGACUUAGUGCACCAAGUCCCUCAAGUCCCUACACAAAGGCCACAGAUGCACUGUUCAAACCAGGUCCACCUGGUAACCCAAGGGUCUUGGACACAACAAGUUCAUCCAUAACACUUGCAUGGAAUAAACCAGGGUAUGAUGGUGGUUCUGAAGUCACUGGAUACAUCAUUGAGACCUGUUUACCUGGAACUGAAGAGGAGGAAUGGACAAUUGUUUCUCCUAAAGGAGGACAAAAAGCAACAUCAUUUACUAUAACAAAUCUUAAGGAGAAUCAGGAAUACAAAAUAAAUAUCUCAGCUGUUAACAGUGAGGGUGUUGGAGAAGCAGCAUCUGUUCCUGGUUCCCCAAAAGCUGAAGAAAGACUCGUACCACCAGAAAUUGACCUUGAUGCUGACCUCCGUAAGGUUGUGAACAUUAGAGCAGGUAACACUUUAAGGCUCUUUGUGCCAAUUAGAGGAAGGCCAACUCCAGAGGCCAAAUGGUCAAGAGAGAAUGAUGAACCUUUGGAUAGAGCUACAAUUGAGAGUACAUCAUCUUUCACAUCCUUAAUCAUUGAAAAUGUGAAUAGAUGUGACAGUGGUAAAUAUAUUUUGACUGUGGAGAACAGCUCUGGAAGUAAAUCAGUUUCUGUGACUGUUAGAGUUCUAGAUACACCAGGUGCACCACAAAACCUCCAAAUCAGCAAAGUUACCAAAGAAUCUGUCUCACUUGUAUGGGAUCCUCCACUGAAUGAUGGAGGGAAAAAGAUAAAGAACUACAUUGUUGAAAAGCGUGAAGCAACAAGAAAGGCCUAUGCUACAGUUAAUGCUAAUUGUCAUAAAACAACAUGGACUGUUGAUCAGCUUCAAGAAGGGUGCAAUUACUACUUCAGAGUACUGGCAGAGAAUGAGUAUGGUAUUGGUCUCCCUAUUGAAACCAGUGAAUCAGUCAAAGUAUCAGAAAAACCGCUUCCACCAGGAAAAAUUACACUUCAAGAUGUAACAAAGACAAGUGUCACACUGUCAUGGGAGAAGCCUGAACAUGAUGGAGGAAGUAGAGUGGUUGCAUAUGUUGUAGAGAUGCAGAGUAAAGCCAGUGAGAAAUGGACACAGGCCAUGAUUGUUAAGGUACCAGAGGCAGUUGUUUCAGGGCUUACACCUGGUGAAGAGUACAUGUUCCGUGUUUCAGCCAGAAAUGAAAAAGGCACCAGUGAUCCUCGCCAACUUGGUGUUCCAGUGAUUGCCAAAGACCUUUUAAUUGCCCCAUCUGCCAAAAUGUUAUUUUCAACAUUCAGUGUUCUUGCUGGAGAGGAUUUGACAAUAGAUAUUCCAUAUAUUGCUCGUCCCAAAGCUGCAGUCUCUUGGGUGAAGGAUGCUACACCACUAAAACGAACAAGCAGGGUUAGCUUCUCUUCCACAGACAACCAAUUGAAUCUUGUAAUCAAAGAGGCAUGUAGAGAUGAUGUUGGCCAGUACAGCAUCAAACUUUCAAACACAGCUGGUGAGACAUCAGUGACUAUAGGAGUGGUUGUUCUUGAUAAACCGGGCCCACCAGUUGGCCCAGUGAAAUUUGAAGCAGUAACAGCUGACAGUGUCACUAUUUCAUGGAAACCACCAGAGUAUGAUGGAGGCUGCACCAUUAAGAACUAUCUGGUGGAGAAAAGAGACACUUCCACAACAAACUGGGUCGUUGUAGCAUCAAAUCUAGCCAGAACCAAGAUUAAAGCUGGAAGACUAAAAACAGGAACUGAAUAUCAAUUUAGAAUCACUGCUGAGAACAGAUAUGGCAAAAGCCCUCUGCUUGUCUCAGAGUGUGUUAUUGCACAGUAUCCAUAUAAGCUUCCAGGACCACCUGGAACACCCUUCAUUCAUUCUUCAACCAAAGAUAGUAUGGUUGUGGUGUGGAAUGAGCCUGUUAUUGAUGGAGGAUGCAGAAUUUUAGGUUACCAUCUUGAACGUAAAGAGAGAAACAGCAUUCUCUGGGUCAAGCUUAAUAAGACUAUAAUCCAGGACACAACAUACAAGACCACAGGCCUUGAGGAAGGCCUUGAAUAUGAAUUUAGGGUCUAUGCUGAGAAUAUUGUUGGUAUUGGAAAGGCAAGCAAAAUAUCAGAGGGACAUGUUGCUCGAGAUCCUUGUGAUCCUCCUGGUACACCUGAAGCAGUUAAAAUUACAAAGAACUCCAUCACUGUUAAUUGGACUAAACCCGAGUAUGAUGGUGGAAGCAAGGUCACAGGGUAUAUUGUUGAAAAGAAAGAAUUACCUGAAGGACGCUGGCUGAAAGCAAACUUUACCAAUGUUAUUGAAACAGAGUAUACUGCUACAGGUCUCACAGAAGACCAGAAAUAUGAGUUUCGAGUUAUUGCAAGAAAUGCAGCAGGAGUUUUCAGUGAUCCUUCAUAUAGCACAGGGCCCAUUACUGCGAAGGAUGAGAUUGAACCCCCUCGCAUCAGCCUGGACCCACAUUACACACAGGCAGUUAUUGUAAAUGCAGGAGAAUCAUUUAAGAUUGAUGCAGAUGUACAUGGAAAGCCAAUACCAACAAUUCAUUGGAUGAAGGGAGAUCAAGAACUUGGAAACACAAUACAUCGUGAAAUUAAAAACACCACCAGCUAUGCAUGCUUGUCUGUAAAAGAGGCCAAACUUGCUGAUGGUGGCCAGUACACUCUGCUGCUACGGAAUCCAGGGGGUGAGAGAGCUGUGCAUGUCAAUAUCAACGUUCUAGAUAAACCUGGGGCACCAGAGGGUCCCAUAUCCAUUACAGGGGUUACCAGUGAACAGUGCUGUCUUGCAUGGAAACCCCCAAAACAGGAUGGUGGAAGCACAAUCACUCAUUACAUUGUUGAGAGAAGAGAGACAAGCAGACUCAUCUGGACUCUUGUUGAAUCCAAAGUUCAAGCUGAAACUUUGAAAGUUACAAAACUCCUUGAAGGCGAUGAAUAUAUUUUUAGGGUUUUGGCAGUAAAUAGGUUUGGUGUUGGUGAAGCACUUCAGUCUGAUCCAGUCCUUAUUAAGGAUCCAUUUAUGCUACCUGAUGCUCCAAAGGGAAUAGAGGUCUCUGAUAUAAAGAAAGACUCAAUGGUAUUAAGUUGGGAGGCACCAUCAAGUGAUGGUGGCACUCCUGUCAUUGGAUAUAUAAUUGAAAAGCAUGACAAGGAGGGUGUUAGAUGGAUCAGAUGCAACAGGAAAAUAGUCACAGACCUAACCUACAAAGUCACUGGGCUUCUUGAGGCCCACCUCUAUGAAUUUAGAGUUGCAGCUGAAAAUACUGUUGGGGUUGGUGAGCCUAGUUCAGCAACAGUAUUCUAUAAAGCUCUGGAUCCUGUGUUCAAGCCAGGUGCUCCACACAAUCCUAAGGUGAUAGACACAACCAAAUCAUCCGUGUCACUUGCAUGGGGGAAACCUAUUUAUGAUGGUGGAUGUGAAAUCCAGGGAUAUAUUGUUGAGUCAUGUGAGGUAAAACCUGCUCAGGAAGUUGAAGUUACAGAAGGUGUGGCUGAAGAAUGGACUAUGUGCACCCCAGCAACUGGUGUUAAGUUAACAUGUUUUACAGUAGAAAAUCUAAAAGAAAAACAGAAGUACAGGUUCAGAGUAUGUGCAGUUAACAAGGUUGGUGUUGGUGAACAUGCAGAUGUUGCUGGCCACAUUGAACCAGAAGAUAAGACAGAGGAGCCUGAUCUUGAUAUUGAUCCUGAGUUUAGAAAGCUUGUCAGUAUUAAAGCUGGGGGAUCUCUCAGAGUUUUUGUUCCAAUUAGAGGACGUCCUGUACCACAAAUUAAAUGGGAAAAGGAUGACAGCCCCAUUAAAGAGACAGCACAAAUUGAAGUCACAAGUUGUCACACUUCUCUUGUGAUUGAUAAAAUAAAUAGACAGGACAGUGGAAAGUACACAGUGAUUGCAGAAAACUCAUCUGGUGUAAAGUCUGCAACCAUCAUCGUGAAAGUUCUUGAUACUCCUAGUGCUCCAGUUAACCUUAAAGUUCAGGAAAUUACAAGAGAGUCUGUCACUCUUUCAUGGGAACCUCCCGCCUUGGAUGGAGGUGCAAAGAUAAAAAAUUAUAUUGUUGAAAAGCGUGAAACUACAAGGAAAACCUUCUCUGCUGUUGUAACAAACUGCCAUAAAUUAUCAUGGAAAAUUGAGCCACUUCAAGAGGGCUGCUGUUACUAUUUCAGAGUCCUUGCAGAGAAUGAACAUGGUAUUGGAAUGCCUGCAGAUAUUACUGAUCCUUUGAAAGUAUCAGAAGUGCCACAAUGCCCUGGAAAAUUAAGUGUUGUAGACAUUACAAAAAAAAGUGUCUCUCUUGCUUGGGAAAAACCACUACAUGAUGGUGGCAGUAGAAUUCUUCAAUACCUUGUUGAAAUGCAAGUGAAGGGAAGUGAAAAAUGGUCUGGUUGUGCAAAUGUAAAAACAUUAGAAGCUGUUAUUAAUAACUUGAACCAAGGCGAGGAGUACACUUUCAGAGUAAUUGCUAUUAAUGAAAAAGGAAAGAGUGACCCAAGAACCCUGGCAGUCCCAGUACAAGCAAAAGAUCUGGUUAUUGAACCAGAUGUUAGGCCGGCAUUUAACAAUUACAGUGUUCUUGUGGGUAAAGACCUGCAAGUUGAAAUUCCAAUUUCUGGACGCCCUAAACCAAAGGUGACAUGGAUAAAGGAUGGUGCAUCUCUUAAAUUCACAACAAGAGUGAACAUUUCAAAUACACCACAUAGUACAAUUCUUAGCAUCAAAGAAGCUGCCAAAGAGGAUGGUGGCAUGUAUGGAAUCAAUGUCUCAAAUAUUCUUGGACAAAAAGAUGCAACAGUUGAAAUAAUCACUCUUGACAAACCAGGACCACCAACUGGCCCUGUAAGAUUUCUUGAGGUCACAGUAUCAAGUGUUACACUGUCAUGGGAACCACCAAAGUACACUGGAGGUUGUCCAAUUUCAAACUACAUUGUACAAAAGAGAGACACAACUACUACUACAUGGGAGAAUGUUGCAGCUUCUGUUGCAAGAACAACACUGAAAGUCUCCAGACUAAAAACUGGGGUGGAGUAUCAGUUCAGGAUUAUUGCUCAAAACAGAUAUGGCAAAAGCUAUGCUUUAGAUUCUCCAGCUGUUGUUGCUCAGUAUCCAUAUAGAGAACCAGGCCCACCUGGUACUCCAUUUGUGUCAUCUCUGUCAAGAGAUCACAUGGUUGUUGAGUGGCAUGAACCUGUUAUAGAUGGAGGCAGCAGCAUUAUUGGAUAUCACCUUGAAAGAAAAGAGAGGAACAGUAGUCUUUGGACAAAGAUAAACAAGAGCUUGAUUCAAGAAACAAAAUUCAAAACCAGUCCUUUGGAAGAGGGAACUGAAUAUGAAUUCAGGGUCUAUGCUGAAAAUAUUGUUGGCAUUGGUCGAUGCAGCAAAAUCUCAGAGGGUUAUGUGGCCCGUGAUCCAUGCGAUCCCCCUGGCACACCAGAAGCUAUUCAUGUUAGCAAGAAUUCAAUUACAAUACUAUGGACAAAACCAGAAUAUGACGGAGGAAGUGUAAUAACUGGUUAUACUGUUGAGAAGCGUGAUCUGCCAGAAGGACGUUGGGUGAAAGCCAGUUUUACAAAUGUCAUUGAAACACAAUUUACCAUUAGUGGGCUUACAGAGGGAGCUAAAUAUGACUUUAGAAUAAUUGCAAAAAAUGCUGUUGGCACCAUUAGCAAACCAUCUUUGAACAGUGGACCUAUUGCUGCACUGGAUGAAGUAGAGCCGCCAAAGUUUUCAAUUGAUCCUGAAUAUACUCAGACCAUUAUUGUGAAUGCUGGGGAUACAUUUAAACUUGAUGCAGAUGUCCAUGGCAAACCAAUACCUACAAUGCAGUGGUUCCUAGGUGAAAAGAAACUUGAAAACACAAUGAAAUGUGAGAUCAAAAACACUGACACCAGGGCUAUGAUUGUCUUAAAGGAUGCACUUAGACAUGAUAGUGGACACUAUACUCUACAUCUCACCAAUGUCGCUGGGUCACAAACUGUUUCAUUCCAAGUAAAAGUACUGGACAAACCCAGUCCACCAGAAGGACCUCUUCAUGUCACAGGCGUAUCAAGCGAUAAAUGUACACUGUCAUGGCAUCCCCCACAACAUGAUGGAGGAAGCCCUAUUACUCAUUAUAUUAUUGAAAGACGUGAAACAAGCCGUCUUGCUUGGACCAUUGUCUCUAGUGAUUGUAAAGCCACAAUAUUCAAAGUGACAAACCUUCUUGAAGGCAAUGAAUAUAUCUUCCGUGUCAUGGCUGUCAACAACCAUGGUGUUAGUGAGCCAAUUAAUUCUUCAUCUGUAAUCCUAAAGAAUCCAUUUGUAGCCCCAGGAUCACCACAGAUUCUGGAGGUCACUAACAUUGCCAGAGAUUCUAUGACUGUGUGCUGGAGUGCACCAGAGAAUGAUGGAGGAAGUGAAAUUGUUGGCUAUAUCAUUGAAAAGAAAGAUCGUUCUGGAAUUAAGUGGACCCGAUGCAAUAGACAGAAAGUCACUGAUGUAUGUUUCAGAGUGCAAGGCCUCAUAGAGGAUCAUGAGUAUGAGUUCAGAGUGUCAGCUGAAAAUGCAGCUGGAAUUAGUGAACCCAGCUUACCUACAUCAUACUACAAAGCUUGUGAUCCUAAAUAUAAACCUGGCCCUCCCACACAUGCACAUGUAAUUGACACCACAAAGAGCUCCAUUUCAGUAGCAUGGGGAAAGCCUCUUAAUGAUGGUGGAAGUGCCAUUCAAGGAUACAUCGUUGAGAUAUGCAAAGCUGAGGAUGAUGAAUGGACUAUGUGUACUCCACCAACUGGACUGCGUGUUAGUAAAUUUGAAAUAACCAAACUAACAGAACAACAGGAGUAUAAGAUUCAGGUAUGUGCUAUCAAUAAAUUAGGUGUGGGUGAGCCUGCAGUUAUUCCUGAGCCUGUGAAAACAGAGGACAGGCUUGAAGUUCCUGAAAUUCAUCUUGAUUCAGAGUUGAGGAAAGGUAUAAUUGUUCGAGCAGGGGGAUCAUUUAGAAUCAAUGUGCCUUUCAAGGGAAGACCAACACCAGAGAUUAAAUGGACUAAAGAUGAAGGGGAUUUGACAGAGAAAGCCAUAAUUGAGAAGGGAUUUAAUUUCACACAGCUUUCAAUUGACUCAUGCGACAGAAAAGAUUCUGGAAAAUAUACUGUGUCCCUUAAGAACAGCAGUGGCACAGCAUGUGAGUUUGUGUCAGUAAAAGUAUUAGAUACACCAGCAGCUCCACUUAACCUGCUGGUAAAAGAUAUUAAGAAAGACUCCAUGACACUUGUUUGGGAUCCACCGCUUAUUGAUGGAGGUGCGAAAAUCAAAAACUAUGUUGUAGAUAAGCGUGAAUCUACAAGAAAAGCAUACGCUAAUGUCACAACAAAGUGUAGCAAGACAAGAUUUAAGGUGGAAAAUCUUGCAGAGGGGGCCCUAUACUACUUUAGAAUUAUGGCUGAAAAUGAAUAUGGAAUUGGUCUACCAGUUGAAACAAAGACUGCAUCAAAGGCUUCUGAAGUACCUCUAUCAGUAGGAAAGAUCAUGUUGACUGAUGUUACCAAAGUCAGUGCAUCUCUUACCUGGGAGAAACCAGAGCAUGAUGGUGGAAGCAGGAUUGUAGGCUACUUGAUUGAAAUGCAACCAAAGGGAACAGAAAAGUGGAGUGUAGCAACAUCUGUCAAAACUUGUGAAGGUACAGUCACUGGGCUAACAGCUGGUCAACAAUAUUUGUUCAGAGUUCUUGCUUAUAAUGAGACAGGUAAAGGUGAGCCAAAGCUUCUUGCUGCUCCUGUCAUAGCCAAUGACUUAACCAUUGAACCCAGCCUAAAAUUACAGUUUAGUACAUACAAUGUCAAAUCCGGUGAUGAUCUUAAACUGGAAAUACCUGUAUUUGGACGUCCAAAGCCAAAGGUCACUUGGAUGAAGGAUGGACAAGCUCUUAAAGUGACAUCGAGAAUCAGCACUUCGAACACACCGACAUCAGCCAUUCUACAAAUUACUGAAGCCAGUAAAGAUGACUUUGGAAAGUAUACAAUAAGUGCAACAAACAGUACUGGUACAAUUACAGAAGAAAUUGGAAUCAUUAUCCUUGAUAAGCCUGGUCCACCAACUGGUCCUAUUAAAGUGAAUGAAGUGAGCAAUAGCUUUGUAACAAUUUCAUGGGAACCCCCAUCUUACACAGGAGGCUGCCAGGUAAAGCACUAUAUUGUUGAAAAACGAGAGACCACUUCCACAACAUGGGAAGUUGUAGCUGGAUCAGUAGCCAGGACAUCUCUUAAAAUAACAAAGUUGAAAACUGGUUCUGAGUACCAGUUUAGAGUCAUUGCUGAAAACAGAUAUGGUAAGAGUACCUCUUUGGAGUCAAAGGCAAUUGUGGUUCAGUAUCCAUACAAACCUCCUGGGCCACCUGGAACUCCAUAUGUGAAAUCUGCCAACAAGGAUCAAAUGAUAAUUGAGUGGAAUGAACCUGUCAUUGAUGGUGGAAGCUCAGUAAUUGGCUACCACCUGGAAAGCAAAGAACGGACUAGUAUCUUGUGGACAAAGUUGAACAAAACUCUCAUUACUGACACCAUGUUUAAGAUAUGUAAUCUCGAGGAAGGAAUUGGAUAUGAAUUCAGAGUAUAUGCUGAGAACAUUGUUGGUAUUGGCAGAGCAAGCAAGGUAUCAGACAGCUUUGUUGCUCGUGACCCAUGUGAUCCUCCUGGUACCCCAGAAGCUAUUUCUAUUUCAAAGAACCAUGUGGUAAUACAAUGGACAAAACCUCAAUAUGAUGGUGGCAGCAAAGUGACAGGAUACAUUGUUGAAAAGAGGGACUUACCUCAAGGCCAUUGGAUGAGGGUCAACUUUACCAAUGUGAUUGAGACUGAAUUCACAAUCACUGGCUUAACAGCAGACCAACAGUAUGAAUUUAGAGUAAUAGCAAGAAAUGCUGCUGGCAUUUUCAGUGAGCCAUCUGACAGCACUGGUCCGAUAACCACGACAGAUGAAAUUGAACCUCCAAGUGUUUCAAUGGAUCCUAAAUACCAGGAUGUCAUUGUUGUCAGUGCAGGAGAGAAUUUAGUUCUUGAUGCUGAUAUUCAUGGAAAACCUAUUCCUGAUGUUCAAUGGCUGAAAGAAGGAAAGGAAAUGGGUAAGACACUACGCAUUGAAACAAAAACAACACAGAAAUGUGCCUCUAUUAUUGUCAAAGACUGCACACGGUUAGACAGUGGCCAUUAUGACCUUGUAUUAAGAAACAGUGGUGGCACAAAAACAAUUCCCAUUACUGUGCGGGUUCUUGACAGGCCUGGCCCUCCAACUGGGCCACUAAAUGUAACUGGUAUAAUGUCUGAUAGAUGUGAUCUGAUUUGGGCUGAGCCUUCUCAGGAUGGUGGUGCUAAUAUUUCUCACUACAUUCUUGAGAAGAGAGAAACGAGCAGGUUAUCAUGGACUUUGAUUGAUUCAAAUAUUCACACUACCUGUUACAAGGUGACAAAGCUCCUGGCAGGUGAUGAAUAUAUUUUCAGAGUUAUGGCUGUGAAUAAAUAUGGAAUUAGUGAUCCACUGGAGUCUGGAGCAAUAAUUGCCUGCAAUCCAUACAAGACACCAAGUGCACCGUCAACACCAGAAGCAAGUGAGAUAACAAAAGAUUCAAUGCUUCUAUCAUGGAAUGCCCCAGAGACUGAUGGUGGAACUGAAAUUAUUGGUUAUCACCUGGAGAAACGUGACAAAGAUGGUGUAAGAUGGACCAAGUGCAACAGACAGAAGCUUUCUGACUUGCACUUUAAAGUCACUGGUCUUUCAGAGGGGCAUUUCUAUGAAUUCCGUGUGGCUGCAGAGAAUGCUGCUGGUGUGGGAGUACCAAGUGACUUAUCUCUGUUCUAUAGAGCAAUAAAUGCAACAACUCCUCCUGGUCCACCGCAUCAUCCUAAAGUAACAGAUCAUACAUCUUCAUCUGUCUCGCUGGCUUGGGGUAAGCCAGCUACAGAUGGUGGAGCAUAUAUCAAAGGUUAUAUUGUUGAGAGGAAAGAGGUCUCUGCAGAAGAAUGGACCACAUGUACACCCCCAAGUGGUUUACUGGCAACAUGCCUAACAGUGGAAAACCUGAAAGAAAAUGCUGAGUAUAAUUUCCGUGUGUGUGCCUUUAAUUCAGAAGGAGUUGGUGAACCCGCUGAUGUUCAUGCCUCUGUGACUGCUACUGAAAGAACUGAGACACCAGAGAUCGAACUUGAUGCAAAUCUUAGAAAAGUUGUCUCUGUUCGUGCAGGUGGAACACUUCGUCUCUUCAUUAAAAUUAGAGGUAGACCCGAGCCAUCUGUCAAAUGGGAGAGAGAAGAGGGGGCUUUAACUGAUAAAGCACUGGUUGAAACUACUAGUUCAUACACAAUGCUGGUAAUUGACAAUGUCAAUAGAUUUGACAGCGGGAAAUAUGUUCUAUCUCUUGAAAAUAAGAGUGGCACAAAGUCAGCAUUUGUAAAUGUCAGGGUGCUUGACUCACCAAGUGCACCACAGAAUUUUGAUGUCAAAGAAGUUAAGAAAGACUCAGUCACUCUCUACUGGGAGCCUCCUGUUACUGAUGGCGGAGCCAAAAUAACCAAUUACAUAGUGGAAAAGCGAGAAUCUACAAGGAAAGCUUACACAACUGUCACAAGCAACUGCACCCAAAAUUUCUUCAAGAUAGAAGAUCUUCAAGAGGGAGGAAUAUUCUACUUCCGAGUGUGUGCUGUUAAUGAGCAUGGCUUUGGUCUGAUGACAGAAACAAAAAAUCCAGUCAAAGUUGCACAGGUCCCUAUGUCCCCAGGAAAGGUCACUCUUGUGGAUGUUACCAAGAACAGUGUGACUCUCACAUGGAUGAAACCUGCACAUGAUGGUGGUAGUAAAGUUAUUUGUUACAAUGUAGAAAUGCAGUCAAAGGGCACAGACAAAUGGGUUGCAUGCUGUACAGUGAAAGUUCCAGAGGCUACCGUGUCUAACCUUACUCCUGGUGAAACAUACUCUUUCAGGGUAAUUGCACUGAAUGAGAAAGGCAAGAGUGAACCCCAAGAACUUGGUGUGCCAGUUUGUGCUAAAGACAUAGAGAUAGAGCCUUCAAUUAGUCUGCUCUUCAACACUUUCAGUGUUAAGGCUGGAGAUGACCUUACUAUUGAAGUUCCUGUAAGAGGAAGACCUAAGCCAGUGGUUUCUUGGAAAAAGGAAGACCUUCCUCUUAAGCAAACAUCUUCUCUCACAAUAGUAAAUACCAUGGUAUCAAGCAAGAUUGUAAUCAAAGAAGCUUCUAUUGAGCAUGUUGGGAAAUAUGAAAUCACCCUAGCUAACACAGCUGGCACAAUUUCCAAAGAUGUCAAUGUCGUGGUUCUUGACAAGCCAGGCCCACCAGCUGCAGUAAAGAUUGAUGCUGUGACUGCUGACUCUAUUACACUAUCAUGGUCUCCCCCUGAAUAUGAUGGGGGAUGCUCCAUUAAUAACUACAUUGUUGAGAAGAGAGAUACCAACACAACAGUCUGGCAGAUUGUUUCAUCAAACAUUGCCAGAAAUUCAGUCAAGGUAUCUCGACUGACUCAUGGUUCGGAAUAUCAAUUCCGUAUAUAUGCAGUGAACCGCUAUGGAAAAAGUAAGCCUAUUGACUCUCCUGGAAUUACAGCAGAAUAUACAUUCAAGCAACCUGGGCCACCUGCUACUCCCCGUGUGGCUCAUGCUACCAAGUCUUUCAUGCUUGUGACAUGGAAUGAACCAGUUAAUGAUGGAGGUAGCACCAUACUAGGAUAUCAUUUAGAACGCAAAGAGAGAAGCAGUAUUCUGUGGACAAAGGUAAACAGGAUUCUCAUCAAAGAUACUGAAUUUAAAGUAACUGGCCUUGAAGAGGGAAUGUUCUAUGAGUUCCGGGUAUAUGCUGAAAACAUUGCUGGCAUUGGAAAGGUCAGCAAAGUCAGUGAGGCUAUAGCUGCUAGAGAUCCAUGUGAUCCUCCUGGUCAACCAGUGGUUACAAGCAUUACUAGAUCUUCUGUCUCUCUUUCUUGGACAAAGCCUGAAUAUGAUGGAGGGGCCAAAGUUACAGGUUACAUAAUUGAACGUAGGGAUAUUCCAGAUGGCCGCUGGAUGAGAUGUAACUUUACCAAUGUUCCUGAAACAUACUUUGAUGUUACUGGUCUUACUCAAGAUCAGCAAUAUGAUUUCCGUGUCACUGCAAAGAAUUCAGCUGGACUAUUUAGUGAGCCAUCAGAUAACACAGGCCCUAUCACAGUCAAAGAUGAUGUAGAUCCACCACGAAUUAUGAUGGACGUCAAAUUUAGAGAUGCAGUUGUUGUGAAAGCAGGAGAGACCCUAAAAAUCAGUGCUGACAUUGCUGGACGCCCAGUACCAGUGGCAUCAUGGACAAAGGAUGGGAAAGAUAUUCAGCUCAAAACAAGAAUUCAAAUAUCUACAACAGAUACUAGCACUAUGGUUGUAGUGAAAGACUGCAUAAGGAGUGACUCUGGAAAGUAUGGCUUAACAUUACAGAAUGUUGCUGGUACAGUAACAAUGCCAGUGCAAUGUUUGAUUCUUGACAAACCUGGACCUGCAGCAGGACCUUUGUCAGUAACUGAGCUCACAGCAGAGGACUGCACACUGUCAUGGGGACCACCACAAGAAGCUGGUGGUGCAGAAAUUACACAUUAUGUUGUAGAGAAAAGGGAAACUAGCAGUUUGGCAUGGACAAUUGUACAAGGAGAGGUAAAAACUAGAACAUGCAAGGUCACAAAGCUCCUCAAAGGCAAUGAAUACAUAUUCAGAGUUUUGGCUGUAAAUAAAUUUGGACUUGGUGAACCUCUUGAAAGUGAACUUGUCAAAGUCACUGAUCCAUUCACCUUUGCAGCACCACCAACAAGUGUUGAAAUAACAAAUGUUUCCAGUGAGGAGAUGACUAUAACUUGGGCUAAGCCUGCUUCCGAUGGAGGCAGUGAAAUAAGAGGUUAUGUGAUUGAACGACGUGAGAAAUCAAGUCUGCGAUGGGUCAGAAUCAACAGGGAGCUUGUUAAAGAUGAAAGAGCCAUAGUAUCUAAACUAAGAAAAGGAAGUGAAUAUGAAUUUAGAGUAUUUGCAGAGAAUGCAGCAGGUUUAAGUCCUCCUAGUGAGCCAUCAGCUCCAGCUGUGGCAAAGGAUGCUUUACUUUUGCCAGCCCCACCAUCUAAACCGAAGGUUCUUGAUUAUACAAAGAGUUCAAUUACAGUUACCUGGAACAAGCCAUUGUCAGAUGGCGGAACACCAAUUCUUGGAUACAGAGUGGAAUACAAGAAAACAGAGGAUGAGGAAUGGGCUGUUUCCACUCAGAUGACAAAGAGCACAGAGUUCACUGUUUCUGGUCUUACAGCUGAUGUGGAAUAUGUAUUUGCAGUUAAAUCUAUAAACAAAGUAGGCCUAAGUGAGCAAUCUCCAGUUUCUGAACCACAGGUAGCAACAGACAGAAAGGAGGAACCAGUGUUUGAUGUUGACAUUGAGAUGAGGAAAACACUGAUUGUUAGGCAUGGCAAUUCAAUCACAAUGAAAGCACCAUUUAAAGGAGUACCAGUGCCUUCAGUCACAUGGAAUAAAGAAGGUGUUGACCUUAAAUCAAGAGGUACUAUUGAAACAACUGGAAAAUACACAUCACUAACUAUUGAAAAGGCAACAAGAAAUGACUCAGGACAAUAUACUGUUACAUUGGAUAAUGGUGUUGGAACUGCAACUUUGACAAUGGUUGUCAAAGUUCUUGAUUCCCCAGGACCACCUGUUAAUGUGAAGAUUAAAGAUGUGACAAAAGAUUCUACCACAGUUACUUGGGAGGCCCCAGAGAAUGACGGGGGUGAUGCUGUGAAAGCCUAUCAUGUCGAAAAACGUGAAGCUAGCAAAAAAGCCUGGGUGUGUGUAACAAAUAACUGCCACAAUCUGGUCUACAAGGUAGAGGACUUGCAAGAGGGUGCAAUCUAUUACUUCAGAGUCAUUGGAGAGAAUGAAUUUGGUAUGGGUGUACCAGCUGAAACAAAAGAUGCAACUAAAAUAACAGAAAUACCAACCCCACCAGCCAGACUUGGAGUAGCUGAAGUAACAAAAGACAGUGUUACAAUAGUAUGGUCAAAACCAGAGUAUGAUGGUGGAAGCAGAAUUACAGGCUACCUCAUUGAUGCUCUUGAGAAGGGACAGCAAAAGUGGGUGAAAUGUGCUACUGUAAAAACCAAUACUCACACAAUCAAAGGUUUGCGAGAAAAUGCAGAAUACUUCUUCAGAGUGCGUGCUGAAAAUCAUGCAGGACUCAGUGAUCCAAAGGAAAUGAUCAUUCCUGUGAUUGUAAAAGAUCAACUUAAUGCCCCUGAAUUUGAUAUGAAGAACUUCCCACACAACACUGUUUAUGUGAGGGCAGGAUCAAAUCUAAAGUUUGAGCUUCCUCUCAUGGGCAAGCCCAUGCCAAAGGUGGCAAUGACUAGAAAUAAUGUUCCAGUGAGGUGUGGAAAGAGAUUUAGCUUUGAUGUAACACCUGAGAGUCUCAAUAUCAGCCUCAAAGAGAGCAUUGCAAGUGAUGCUGGAAGAUAUGACAUUGUUGCCUCCAAUACCAGUGGAACAACCAAGAUGUUCAUUAAUAUACUGGUGUUAGAUAGACCAGGUCCUCCAGUUGGUCCAGUUGAAAUCAGUGAUGUUGGAGAAACAUCACUGUGCCUAAAAUGGUUGCCACCUGUGUAUGAUGGAGGUAGCCCAGUGACCAACUAUGUUGUGCUCAGACGUGAAACAAGCACACCAGCUUGGGUAGAGGUGUCAUCCACACUUGCAAGGAAUGCAAUUAAAGUCACCAAAUUAACAAAGGGUGAAGAAUACCAAUUCAGAAUUAAAGCGGAGAAUCGUCUUGGAAUCAGUGAUCACAUUGACUCUCAGACUGUCACUGUGAAACUUCCUUACACAAUUCCUGGACCACCAUCAACACCAUGGGUGAGCUUUGUUUCAAGAGAAAGCCUUACAGUUUGCUGGCAUGAACCAGUAGUAGAUGGAGGAAACUCAGUAUUUGGAUACCAUGUCCAAAUGAAAGAAAGAAGCAGCAUUCUGUGGCAAAAUGUGAACAAGACAGCAAUCCCUGCUAAUCAGAUUAGGGUGACAAAUAUAUGCCCGGGUAUGAUUUAUGAAUUCAAGGUUGCUGCAGAAAACAUGGCUGGUAUUGGUAAAUUCAGCAAGACAUCAGAAGAAGUACUUGCCAUUGAUGCUUGUGAACCUCCAGCAAAUGUGAGAAUCUCUGAGAUUACAAAGAACUCAGUUAGCCUGGUCUGGCAGAAGCCUCCCUUUGAUGGUGGAUGUAAGAUCACUGGCUACAUGGUUGAGAGAAGAGAUGCUCCAAAUGGCAGAUGGACAAAGGCUAACUUUACAAAUGUUAUUGAGACAAAUUUCACUGUGUCAGGCUUGACACAAGAUCAGUCAUAUGAAUUUAGAGUCUUUGCGAAAAAUGUAGCUGGGUCUGUGAGUAAUCCAUCUCUUAUUGCUGGACCAGCAACUUGCGUGGACAUUUCUGGUGCCCCAGUAAUCGACCUGCCGCCCGAGUACCUAGAUGUUGUGCAAUAUAAAGCUGGAGCUUCUGUUAAGAUAAGACUGGGAAUUAUGGCUAAGCCACUGCCAACAAUUGAGUGGCUCAAGGAUGGAAAGGAAUUAGUGUCAAGUUCACAGCUAUCAAUUGAGAGCACCACCGAUUCAUCUGCUAUUCUUAUCAAAGAUACAACUCGUCUUAACAGUGGGACAUAUGAAAUAAAGACCAAGAAUGUGUUUGGCACAGCUUCUGCUUCCAUUAGAUUGUUGAUUCUAGACAAACCAGGCCCUCCAGCAGGAAAUAUUGAAUUCAAAUCAGUAAGUGCUGACACAAUAGUAAUAGCUUGGGAGCCAGUAGCAAAUGAUGGAGGUUCCAAAGUCACCCAUUAUAUUGUGGAAAAACGAGAGACAGGUAGAGUUAUAUGGUCUACUGUUUCUGACUGUAUGGAGGAACGCAUAGUUUCUGUCCAGAAGCUGGUCAGAGGAGGUGAAUAUGUCUUCCGGGUCAGAGGAGUCAACAAAUAUGGAGCUGGAGAUCCUCUGGAGUCUGAACCAAUUACUGCCAAGAAUGCAUUUGUUACUCCUGGACAACCUUCCACACCAGAGGCAACAGAAAUCACUAAAACAUGCAUGAAAAUUGUAUGGGAUAAACCAGGAGUGGAUGGUGGUAGCAUGGUUACAGGCUACUAUUUACAGAGACGUGACAAGAAGAAUCUGCGCUGGACUACAAUCUGCAAAGACCCAAUUUGUGAAACCACAGCAAAGGUCUAUCACCUAACUGAAGGAAAUGAAUAUCAGUAUCGUGUGUGUGCUAUCAACAAGGCUGGAGAAGGUCCGUUCUCAGAUGCUUCUGACUUUUACAAAGCUGCUGACCCUGUUGAUCCACCUUCUGAGCCUACUAAACUCAAAGUUGUUGAUUCAACUAAAACUUCAAUUACUCUUGGAUGGUCUAGCCCAGAGUAUGAUGGAGGCAGUGAAAUUACUAGCUACAUUGUGGAAAAAAGGGUUGGUGGAGAAGGAGAAUGGGUAGUAAUAAGUAAAAAAGGUGAAGUCAGAACUACUGAGUAUGUUGCUUCAGAUCUUGUGCCAGAUGUUGACUACUACUUCCGUGUAUCUGCUAUGAAUUGUGCUGGUCGUGGAGACCCAAUACAGAUGGAGGAACCAGUUCAAGCUAAAGAUAUUCUCGAGGAAGCUGAUAUUGACAAAGAUGUUGCAAUGAGAACUCAUUACAUUGUCAAAGCUGGCAAAGAUGUUGAGAUCAUGGUUCCGCUGAAAGGCAGACCUACUCCAAGUGUUUCCUGGAAGAAACAAGAUCAAAACAUUGAUAAUGAUCCUAAAUAUGAUAUACAUAACACAGAUACUUCAUCAUGCCUUGUACUUUCACAUGUAACCCGUAAUGACAGUGGCAAAUACACCAUUGAGAUAUCAAAUGGAGUAGGACAACCAAAAUCUUUGACAUUGUCUGUAAAAGUACAGGACAGUCCCUCUGCCUGUAGAAAUUUGGUCCUGAAAGAUGUCACUCGUGGCAAAGUGAUCUUAUGCUGGGAACCUCCACUGCUUGAUGGCGGUGCUGAAAUUACUAACUAUGUAGUUGAGAAAAGAGACUCUUCAAAGCGCACAUAUGCUGCUGUAACCAACAAAUGCAUGGAAACAACAUAUGAAAUUGAUGAGCUCUCUGAGAAGAUAUCAUACUUUUUCCGUGUGUCAGCAGAAAAUGAGAAUGGAGUUGGUGAACCAUGUGAGACAGCAGAACCAGUUAAAGCUACUGAGAAACCUGGUCCAGUCAAAGAUCUUGCUAUGAAAGACUCUUCAAAAACAUCUGUGACACUACAAUGGAACAAACCAGAUUAUGAUGGUGGCAGCAUUAUUACCGAUUACAUAAUUGAAAAGAAACUUCAUGGUCAAGAAGAAUGGGCUCCUGCUGGAACAAACAAACAUUGUGAACAUGAGGUCACAAAACUUAAGGAACUCACAGACAUGUUCUUCAGAGUCUGCUCAAAGAAUGAGAAGGGCAACAGUGACUUUACAGAGAUUGGUCCAAUUAAAGUAAAGGACUAUAUCAUUCCACCAGAGGCAAACCUAGAAGAGUAUCCUGAUGGACAGGUCAGUGUUCGCAUGGGUCACAAUGUACAUAUUGAGCUUCCAUACAAAGGGAAACCAAGACCAUCAGUUACUUGGCUAAAGGACAAUUUGCCACUGAAAGAGAGUGAAAAGGUUCGCUUCAAGAAGACAGAAAACAAGGCAACCCUUAUGAUAAAGAAUGUUGAAAAAGAGAAUGGUGGUAAAUAUACACUUACACUUGACAACACCAUCUGCAGGAAGUCAUUCCAUAUACAGGUCAUUACCCUUGGAGCACCAUCCAGACCAAUUGGACCAAUUCGUUUGGAUGAAGUCAGAGCAGAAAGUAUAAGGAUAUCGUGGGAUGAACCAAAUGAUGAUGGUGGUGGAGAAAUCACCUGCUAUAGCGUUGAAAAACGUGACACCUCUCAGACCGAUUGGAAGAUGGCUUGUUCAAGUGUUAUAGGGACUACAUUCAAUGUAACAAAUUUAAUCAAAGGAACUCAGUAUCAAUUCAGAGUAUGUGCAGAAAACAGGUAUGGUGUGAGUGAGCCUCUGAUCUCACAAAAUGUCAUCGCCAAACACGAGUUUAGACCUCCAGGAGCACCAGGCAUGCCAUUUGUCUAUAAUGUCACUAAUGAUGGCAUGACUAUACAGUGGGAAGCACCUAUCUUUGAUGGUGGCUGCCCAAUACUUGGUUACCACAUUGAAAAGAAAGAAACAAACAGCAUCAUGUGGCAAAAGGUCAACUUAGUCUUGGUGACUGCAAAAGAAUAUAGAAUUACUGGCCUUAUUGAAGGUCUGCAAUACCAGUUCAGGGUUUAUGCUCAAAAUGAUGCUGGACACAGUCGUAUGAGUGAUGAGAGCAAACCAACUAUGGCUGUUUCUCCUGUUGAUCCUCCUGGAACCCCUGACUAUGUUGAUGUAACAAGUGAAUCUGUGAAACUGAAAUGGGAUGCACCUAAAAGAGAUGGUGGAAGCAAAAUUGUCGCCUACAAUAUUGAGAAACGUCAGGGCCAAGGUCGCUGGUUGAAGACAAACUUCACAGAUGUAACUGAGACAGAGUUUAUAGUAACUGGUCUAACUUGUGGUGAACGAUAUGAAUUCAGAAUUAUAGCAAGGAAUGCUAUUGGCACCAUGAGCCCACCUUCUCAGUCUUCUGGCUAUGUUCUCAUCAGAGAUGAAAGCUCUGCACCUAAUAUUGAAUUUGGACAAGAGUACUUUGAAGGAGUUGCCAUAAAAGCAGGAGAAAGCAUCAAGCUUAAAGCCACAAUUACAGGAAGACCAACACCCAAGAUCAAAUGGUUCAGGGAUGAUGUUGAACUAACUAAGAAGAUGGUAGAUAUCACAACAACUGCAGGCAUAAGCACCCUCUUUAUUAGAGAUGCUGACCGCUCUCACCGUGGGGUCUAUGCUAUAGAAGCCAAAAAUCACUCUGGAACCAAGAAAGAGCAAAUUAAAGUUGAAGUUUUUGAUACACCUGGAGAACCUGUUGGACCUAUUGUCUUCACAAACAUCUCAGAGGGCAAAGUCACAUUUUCAUGGAAUCCACCAGAAAAUGACGGCUGCUCUGAAGUCACUCAUUAUAUUAUUGAGAAGCGAGAGACUUCCAAAAUUUCCUGGACACUAGUUACAGAUCACUGUGGGGAGUGUGCCUACAAUGCUACCAAACUAAUCAAGACCAAUGAGUACCAAUUCCGUGUGUCUGCUGUAAACAAGUUUGGGGUCAGUAGACCUCUGGACUCUGCUCCUGUCAUUGCCCAAAUGCAAUAUACCAUUCCAGACUCUCCUGGUACUCCUGAUGCCACCAGUGCUGAUGGAGAGAGUAUUACAAUCAGCUGGACUGCACCAACAAAUGAUGGAGGAAAUGCAAUUAAACAUUACGUUGUUGAAAGACGUGAGAAGAAAACUGGCCGUUGGGUGAAGGUCUUGACUAGAAAACCAAUUACUGAGGUUGCCCAUAGAGUAACUCAUCUCACUGAGAAUGUGGAAUAUGAAUUCCGUGUUUAUGCUGUCAAUGAUGCUGGAGUUGGAGCAUCAAGUAACAUUUCAUUGCCCAUUAAAUGUGCAGAGCCAACUGAAGAACCAGAUGGUCCUUCAAUUGUAAAUGUUACUGAUACCACUAACACAUCUGUUAGUCUGGAAUGGACCAGACCUGGUUAUGAUGGUGGCUUGGAUGUCCAUGGAUACAUCAUUGAGGCACGCAAGGAAACUGAAAAAGAAUGGCACAGAAUAAAUGAAGAUCUUUGUACAGUCAGAAAGUACACUGCCACUGGUUUGGAAACAGGUGCAGAAUACAAGUUCCGCAUUAGUGCUGUUAAUGCAGUUGGAAAGGGUGAACCUAAAGAGAUCCCCGAACCAGUACAAGCAGUAGAUAGACUGUUUGCACCAGAGAUUGAUAUUGAUGCAACCUUCCAACAGACACACAUUGUGCAACGGGGUGGAAGUGUAUGUCUCCGUGUAGCUUUUAAAGGAAAACCAGCACCUACGGCUUCAUGGAUAAAAGUGGAUGGAGAACUUGGGUUAAUGGCUGAUGUAACUACCACAGAGACCUUCACUUAUUUGACACUGGGAAAUUGUACACGAAAUGACAGUGGAAAAUACACUAUCACUCUUGAGAACAGCAGUGGUGGCAAAUCCAUCACUUUUACAGUUAAAGUGCUGGACACACCUGGAGCACCAGGUCCUCUCAUGUUCAAGGAUGUUACAAGAGGUGCCCUUACACUUAUAUGGGAGCCUCCAGUCAAUGAUGGUGGUGCACGUGUUCAUCACUAUGUUGUGGAGAAGCGUGAGGCUAGCCGGCGUACAUGGACAGAAGCAGCACCAAAGUGCACGCAAACAAAUUUGAGAAUUUCUGAGCUCCUGGAAGGAGUGCCCUACUUCUUUAAGGUAAUGGCAGAAAAUCAGUAUGGCAUUGGUGAAGCUUAUGAAAUGCCUGAUCCAAUUAUUGCCACUGCUGAACCAGCUCCACCCAAGAGACUGGAUAUUAUUGAUACCACUGAUACAACAGUUACACUUGCCUGGAUGAAGCCUGAACAUGAUGGUGGCAGCCGUAUCACAGCUUAUUGUGUGGAGGUUAAAACAAAAGGAACAGAUAAAUGGGUUGUUGGAGGGUCAACCAAAAACCUAAGUCUCAUUGUUGAGGGCUUAGCUGAAGGUACAGAGUAUGAAUUUAGGGUUAAAGCUAGGAAUGAUGCAGGUUACAGUGUACCUAGAGAGGCUCUCACUUCUGUUGUUGUUAAAGAGCCCCGUAUUGAGCCAACUGCAGAUCUCAGUGGCAUUAGCAACCAGCUUAUCACCUGCAAGUCUGGCAGUUCAUUUGAAAUUGAUCUUCCAAUUAGUGGCAGACCAGCACCAAAUGUCAUCUGGAAGCUUGAAGAAAUGAGACUCAAGGAAACUGACAGAGUCUCAAUCAAGACGACCAAAAAUAGGACUACUUUGACAGUAAAAGAAAGUAUGCGUGGUGAUGGAGGAAGGUACUUCCUUACCCUGGAGAAUGUGACUGGGGCUAAGACUUUCACUGUCAAUGUCAAUGUCAUUGGCAGGCCCAGUCCUCCAGAGGGGCCUAUUGAGAUUUCUGCAAUUACAGCUGAGUCUUGUGAAUUGUCAUGGAAUGACCCUGAGGAUGAUGGUGGAGCUGAAAUAACAAACUACAUUGUUGAGAAGCGUGAGUCUGGCUCAACUGCCUGGCAGCUUAUCAACUCUAGUGUGAAACGAAGAUCAUUCCAUGUUUCACAUCUAACAAAGUAUAUGCAGUACACAUUCCGUGUCUCUGCAGAAAACAGAUUUGGUGUAAGCAAACCAACUGAGUCUGAAACCAUUGUUGCAGAACAUCCAUUUGUUCCACCAGGGCCUCCAACUAGGCCAGAAGUGUUUGCUGUUGCUGCUAACAGCAUGAGCAUUCGUUGGGAGGAACCAUACCAUGAUGGUGGUAGUAAGGUCACUGGGUACUGGAUUGAGAAAAAGGAACGUAACACUAUUCUCUGGGUCAGAGAAAACACCAUUCCCUGUUUUGAGUGUUACUACAAGGUAGAUGGCCUUAUUGAAGGUCUUGAGUACCAAUUCAGAGUGUAUGCUAUGAACAGUGCUGGCCUCAGCAAAGCAAGUGAAGCCUCAAAGAGAGCUGUAGCUCAAAAUCCAGUUGAUCCCCCAGGCAAGCCAGAAGUAACUGAUGUCUCAAGAUCAUCAGUUUCAAUUAAAUGGUCUGUGCCUCUGAAUGAUGGUGGAAGCCCAAUUAUAGGUUACAUUGUUGAGCGUAAGCCAUAUACUGUCACUGGAGAGGGUAAAUGGCUGAAGUGUAAUUACACUAAUGUUACUGAUACAAACUUCACCAUUACUGCAUUGGGAGAAGGAGAAGUAUACGAGUUCCGUGUGAUUGCAAAGAAUGCUAACGGAGUACUCAGCAUGGCAUCAGUUUCAACUGGAGCAGUGACUUGCAAGGCUGAAUACACACCGCCAAAAGCAGAACUGGACAGUAAACUUCUUGUGGACACGGUUACUGUCAGAGCAGGGUCAGACCUUGUUCUUGAUGCUGCUGUUGGUGGAAAACCUGAUCCAAAGGUCUGUUGGGCAAAGGGACAAAGGGAGCUAGAUUUUUGUGAGAAAUAUUCUUUACAGUAUACUAGCACCCGUGCUCUUGCAAUCAUCAAGUUCUGUGACAGAGAUGAUACUGGAAAGUAUGUUCUGACUGUAAAGAAUGCCAGUGGAACCAAAACUGCUGAAGUCAAUGUGAAGGUGCUUGACACUCCGGGCCCAUGCCAGGAGAUAAAAGUAAACAACAUAACUGAGGAGAAAUGUACAUUGUCCUGGAAAGAGCCACUAGAGGAUGGUGGUGACCCCAUCACACAUUAUAUUGUGGAGAGAAGGGACACUAACAGACUCAACUGGGUCAUCGCUGAUGCUGAAUGCAAGGCUCUUGUAUGUAACAUUACUAGACUUUUCAAGAAUAAUCAAUAUAUUUUCCGUAUCAGAGGUGUAAACAAAUAUGGAGCUGGUGUGCCACUGCAAUCAUCACCCAUCUUUGCAAGAAACUCAUUCACUGUUCCAUCGCCUCCGGGAACACCAGAAAUUAUUGCAAUUGGUAAAGACUUUGCAACAAUUGAGUGGCUUAAGCCUGAAAAUGAUGGUGGUAGUGAAGUCAUAAACUACCUGAUUGAAAGGAAAGAGAGGAAAAGCAUCAGAUGGAUCAAAGUUAAUAAAGACUCUAUUCUCAAGGAUACAACCUUUAAGGUUACUGGUCUUCAGGAGGGCAACAUUUAUCAGUUCCGUGUUACAGCUAUUAAUGCUGCUGGAGAUAGUGAGCCUAGUGAAGUGUCCAUGUACGCAGUGUGCCGAGUACCAACAGACAAACCAGAUGCUCCUUCAAUUCCACGCAUAACAGACACUCACAAGGAUAGCAUUAGUCUGGCCUGGACAAGACCAGUAGAAGAUGGAGGAGCUGAUGUUAUUGGUUACAUUCUCGAGAUGCAAGAAUUAGGCACAGACCAAUGGAUCAAGACCCAUGAAAAGACUCUUAGAAUCACAGAAUAUACUGUGAUAGGUUUGAAAACUGGCAGUAAGUACUGCUUCAGAGUUGCUGCAGUCAAUGUGAAUGGAGCAGGUGACUUUAGUGACCCGUGUACUGAAGUAGAGCCAGUUGAAAGAAUUGAAUUACCUGAUCUCGAGCUUCCUGAUGAUCUAAAGAAGACGAUAUGCCUCAGAGCUGGAAGCUCACUGCGUCUUCAUGUAACUGUUACGGGAAGACCAGUUCCAGCUAUCACCUGGAGCAAGCCUGACGUGGAUCUCCAAAACCGGGGAUUCAUUGAAGUGACAGAUACCGCCACAACUCUUAUCAUUGACAAGGUCCACCGCUAUGAUGCCGGAAAAUACACCCUCGAAGCCUCUAAUUCAGCUGGCAAGAAGGAUGCUAGCAUUCUUGUCAAGAUCUACGACACUCCUGGUCCACCAGGCCCCAUUAAAAUAAAGGAGCUCACAACAGAGUCUGCUCACAUUACAUGGGAUGCCCCUAAGGUUGACGGUGGAGCACCUGUUAACAAUUAUAUCAUUGAGAGAAGAGAGACAUCAAUGAGAGCAUACAAAACAGUUACUUCUAAAUGCAGCAAGACAUCAUAUAAAAUUACAGGACUGUUAGAGGGAAUGCACUACUACUUCAGAGUACUGCCUGAAAACAUCUAUGGCAUAGGUGAACCUGUUGAGACAUCAGAUGCUGUGUUAGUGUGUGAAGUGCCACUACCUCCAGCUAAACUUGACAUAGUAGAUAUCACAAAGUCAUCUGUUACUCUUUGGUGGGAGAAACCUAAACAUGAUGGAGGCAGCAGAAUCAUUGGCUACGUUGUUGAAGCUUGCAAGGCUGGUACAGAAAAAUGGAUGAAGGUUGCUACUUUAAAAUUAACAGACUUUGAAUACACUAUUGAAAAACUGAAUGAAAAUGAGCAGUACCUAUUCAGAGUAUGUGCACUCAACAGCAGAGGUAUUAGUGAACCCAAAGAAAUUGUUACCCCUGUAACAGUACAAGAACAAAGAGUUAUGCCAAAGGUUGAUCUAUCAAGCAUUCCACAAAAGAUCAUCAGUGUUUUGGCAGGCAAACCCCUUGAACUUAAUUUGCCAAUCAUUGGAAGGCCACCUCCAGUUUCCUCCUGGUACUUUAAUGAUAAUAGGUUGAAGAUACAGCAACGUGUGAAGAUUCAGUCUACUGCGAAAUUCUCUAGGUUAACUGUGCUUGACACCACAAUUGAUGAUACUGGAGAAUACAUCCUUGAACUAAAGAAUAUUACUGGAAUUACCAAAGAGACGAUUAAAGUAAUCAUUCUUGACAAACCUGAUCAGCCUAAAGGACCUAUUCGUUUUGAUGAGAUUGAUGCAUCCUCAGUUACAAUAAGCUGGGACCCACCAGAGAGAGAUGGAGGUGCUCCUGUAACUAAUUAUAUCGUUGAACAACGUGAUGCUCAUCGUCCAGGAUGGGUACCAGUUUCUGAAUCAGUCAGCAGGCCAACCUUCAAAUUUGACAGAUUAACAGAGGGAGAUGAGUAUGUCUUCCGUGUCUCAGCAGUCAAUCGCUAUGGUGCUGGAGACUUCUUGCAGUCAGAAAUUGUGGAAUGCAGGAGUCUUAAAUCCAUUCCUGGACCACCAGGCCGCCCAGUAGUAUUUGAUGCGUCUCGAGAUGGAAUGACCAUUGCUUGGGAACCACCAGAUGAGGAUGGUGGCUUGGAGAUAUCUGGCUACAUCAUUGAGCGCAAGGAGGUCAGAGCUGACAGAUGGGUCCGUGCUAAUAAGAACCCUGUCACAAUGACAAGAUACAGAUCCACUGGUCUUAUUGAGGGCCUGGAAUAUGAGCAUAGAGUCACUGCCAUCAAUGCUAGAGGUGUUGGCAAACCCAGCCUUCUCUCAAAACCGGCUGUGGCAACAGAUCCAGUCGAUCCACCUGCCUCACCUCAGAAUCCGAGAGUAAUAGAGACUACAAAGACAUCUGUGUCUUUGGCCUGGAAUCCACCUGAUGAAGAGGGUGGCUCUAAAAUUACUGGUUACCUCAUUGAGAUGCAAAAGGUUGGUUCUCUAGCUUGGAUUAAGUGCAAUACUACACCUACAAUGAUUUGUGAAUACACCUUGACAAAAAUGCCUCAAGGCGAGGAGUUCAAAUUCAGAGUCUUGGCUUGUAAUGCUGGUGGACCAGGCGAACCUGCUGAAGUGCCAAGAACAGUGACUGUGACAGAGAUGCUUGAACCUCCAAGUCAUGAUCUUGAAGCUAAGUACAAAGAUAUAUUCAUUGUCCGACAUGGAGCAGUGAUCAAACUUUCAGUUCCUAUAAAAGGCAAGCCAACACCUGUUUGCAAAUGGACAAAGGAUGGCUCAGAUGUCUCUAACCGUGCAAUGAUUGUCUCAAGUGAGGAUGUUUCUGAGCUUGUUAUCAAGGAUGCUGAACGGUCUGACUCUGGUGUAUACAUUCUCCAUCUUGAAAACAAAUGUGGCAAAAAGAUGGUGCAAAUCAAGGUCAAGGUAAUUGGUCGUCCAGCGGCUCCCGAGGGUCCUCUAGGAUUUGAGGAUAUCCAAGCACAUUCUGUAAGAGUGAGCUGGAAGCCACCAAAAGAUGAUGGGGGGUCAGAAAUCCUUGGAUAUAUUGUGGAGCGGCGUGAGGUAACAAAAGCAGCCUGGUAUACUGUGGACUCCAGAGUGGUUGACACAUCUUUGGUAGUUAAAGGACUUCAGGAAAAUGCUGAGUACCACUUUAAGGUGACAGCAGAGAACAAGUUUGGCAUCAGUAGCUCCCUUAAAUCUGAACAACCAGUGGUACCAAAGACUCCAAUUUGUGUACCAGAGGCUUCAAGUACACCACCAGAAAUCAUGGAUGUUACUAAGUCCUCUGCUGAUCUUGCUUGGAGUAAACCUAAAGACGAUGGUGGAUCACAGAUCAUUGGAUACUUCAUAGAGUAUAAAGAGGUGUCAUCUGACAAGUGGGUUCGCCAUGAGACAAGGGUUACUUCCACCAUGUACACUCUUAGUGGACUCACUGCUGAAGUAGAAUAUCAGUUCCGUGUGAUCGCUGUAAAUGACAUUGGAGAGAGUGAACCUGGACCUUCAUCAGAUUCUGUCAUAUGCAAAGAUCCAUUUGAUAAACCAAGUCAACCAGGGGAGAUAGACACUUCAGCUGUAGCUAAAGAUUACAUAAUGAUUAGCUGGGAAGCUCCUCAAUGUGAUGGUGGAAAGCCAGUUCUUGGCUACUGGGUUGAGUACAGAAAAUCAGCAGAGAGCACUUGGAAGAAGUGUAACAGGGAGCUAUUAAAGGAAAAACAAUUUACUCAGGGUGGUUUGCAAGAGGCCACUGAAUAUGAAUUUAGAGUUUUUGCUGAAAAUGAAACUGGAAUCAGCAGGCCUCGUAGGACUGCAGCAGGAAUUAAAACCAAACUAAGUGCUGGAGCUAAACCAGCCCUCAGAAAAGAGAUGGAUGAAGUUACUGCCAAGCUUGGAGAGACUGCCACUCUAAAAUGUCAAAUUAUUGGAAGGCCUGUUCCAGAAAUUAAAUGGUACAAAGGUGGAAAAGAAAUCAAAGAGGGACGCAAAUAUGCUGCAACCUCUGAUGGCCGUAACCAUACCUUAACCAUCUCAACAGACCAACAAGAAGAUGAAGGCUUGUACACAUGCAAGGCUGUGAAUGAAGCUGGAGAAUGUGAGACCAGUGGAACCUUGGUUCUCGAAGCAGCACCUCAAUUCCCUGUCCCAUUAAAAGACAAAAUCUUUGCAGGAUGUGGUACAACUGUACGCGUUCAUGCUGUGUAUAUAGGUCGUCCUGUACCAAAAAUUAUGUGGCUUCAUGGUGCCAAACCUGUGGAGCCCUCUGAGAAUGUCAUCAUUGAGAACACAGAGCAUUACACUCAUUUGAUUUUAAAGAAUGUCCAACGCAGGGUGAAUGGAGGACAGUACAGAAUCAGAAUCAACAACCACUUUGGCUCUGCAGAUACUGUAACACAACUUGAAAUCCUAGACAAACCUUUCAUGCCAGAAGGACCUAUUGUUCUUGAGGCUUUAUUGAAGAAUUCUGUGAUAAUAAGUUGGAAGGCAUCUAAAGAUGAUGGUGGAUCAAUGAUAACAAACUACAUUGUGGAGAAGCAUGAAGACAAAGAGGGUGCUGGGUGGCAACUUGUCUCAUCAUCUAUUUCAGGAACCUCAUGCCGCAUUUCCAAUCUAGUGGAAAAUGAAGGUUACUUCUUCCGCAUUUCAGCACAAAACCGUUAUGGCAUCAGUGAACCAUUGGAGACUCCAUCUGCUAUUCUUAUCAAGAGUCAAUUAGAUAAGCCAGGUGCACCACUAAAGCCAGUUGUAUCUGGAGUAACCAAGACCUCUUGUGUUGUUUCUUGGAAACCACCUCUUUCUGAUGGUGGGUCCAAGAUCAAAAGCUAUAGUCUUGAAAAGAAGGACAAAAAGACAGGUGAAUGGGUUGCUGUAACCACUGAUGAGAUUCACCAGACAGUUUAUUCAGUUAAAGGUCUUACAGAAGGCCUGGAGUAUGUUUUCCGUGUGAAAUGUGAAAAUCUUGGUGGAGAGAGUGAAUACAGUGAAGAGUCAGACCCUGUCAUUCCAAGAACUGAUGUUGAAGUACAUGCUCCUGCCUUUAAAGAAGACCUCAGAAAUAUGAGUGUGAAAUACAAGAGCAAUGCAACAUUUGUUUGCAAGAUAUCAGGACAACCCAAACCUGUGAUUAAAUGGUUCAAGCGCGGCAAAGAAAUUCAGGCAGAUGGAAUCAAAAUCAAGAUCCAGGAAUUCAAGGGAGGUUAUCAUCAACUUGUCAUUACUAAUGCUGAUGAGGAAGAUUCAACUGUCUAUCAGAUCAGAGCAACAAACCAGGGAGGCUCAAUUUCUGCAACUGUUUCUCUUGAUGUUGAAAUACCAGCAAAGAUUCAUUUACCUAAGAACCUACAAGACAAAGAGGCCAUCUGUGCUCUUCGUGGUGAAGUGGUGAACAUCAAGAUACCAUUCAGUGGAAAACCAGAUCCAGUUAUCACAUGGCAGAAGGGACAAGAUCUUAUUGAUAACAAUGGGCACUAUCAAGUCAUCGUCACAAGAUCAUUCACAUCUCUUGUGUUCCCGAAUGGAGUGGAUCAGAAGGAUGCUGGUUUCUAUAUUGUCUGUGCAAAGAACAGAUUUGGCAUUGACCAACAAACAGUUGAACUUGAUGUUGCAGAUGUCCCUGAUCCACCUCGCAGCAUCAAAGCCAGUGAUGUGUCUAGGGAUUCUGUUACACUUAAUUGGGUGGCACCUGCCAGUGAUGGAGGAAGUAGAGUUAGAAACUACAUUAUUGAGAAGUGUGCCACUACAGCAGAGAGAUGGAUCCGUGUUGCCCAGUCACGUGACACUCAUUACACUGUCACCAACCUGUUUGGAAAAACAAGCUACCAAUUCCGUGUAAUAGCAGAGAACAAAUUUGGCCAGAGUGCACCAUCUGAACCAAGUGGACCAGUUGUUACAAAGGAAGAUAAAUCAAGAGUUCUUAACUAUGAUGAGGAGGUUGAUGACAGCAGACCUGUCUUUAAGGGUAAAGCUCCUCAUUCAGAGGUUAAGAAUUUACACAACAAAUACAUGAUUGCUGAAGAGCUUGGUCGUGGACAGUUUGGCAUUGUUCAUCGUUGUGUUGAGAUUAGUUCGGAGAAGACAUUCUUUGCCAAAUUUGUUAAAGUAAAAGGUGCAGAUCAAGCAAUAAUAAAGAAAGAAAUUGCCACCAUAAAUGUGGCACGUCAUAAGAACUUCUUGCAGCUCCAUGAAUCAUUUGACAGUCCUGAAGAACUAGUUAUGAUAUAUGAGUUUAUAUCUGGUGUUGACAUAUUUGAGCGUAUUGGCACAGCAAACUUUGAGCUCAAUGAACGUGUAAUUGUUAAUUACAUCAGACAGGUAUGUGAAGCACUUGAGUUUCUACACAGCAAGAGUUAUGGCCAUUUUGAUAUCAGGCCUGAGAAUAUAGUAUACACCACAAGAAGGGGAACUACUAUCAAGAUCAUUGAAAUGGGACAGGUUAGAUAUCUCACACCUGGAGAACAAAUUAAGAUUCAGUACACAGCACCUGAAUAUUCAGCACCUGAAAUUCAUCAAAAUGAGUUGGUCAGCUCUGUCACAGACAUGUGGUCUGUUGGUGUCCUAGUAUAUGUUCUCCUGAGUGGACUCAAUCCUUUCAUUGCUGAAACAAAUCAACAAAUGAUUGACAACAUCUCUAAUGCUGAGUACAGUUUUGAUGAUGAAUCCUUUAAAGAGGCAAGUGUUGAGGCAUUAGACUUUAUAGAUCGCCUUCUUACUAAAGACCGUAAACAUCGUAUGACAGCUGCUGAAGCUUUGAAUCAUCCUUGGCUGACAAAGAACUCAGAGGAACUAAGCACUAGGUCAAUCAAGGUCACAAGACACAAGAGAUAUUACCAAGCAAUGCUGAGAAAAGAAUGGAAUACUGUUGUCUCAUCUGCUCGUAUUGCUAGUGGUGGGGCGAUCAGAGGUCAGAGAGGUGUAACAGUAGCCAAAGCAAAGAUUGCACCAUUUGAACAUGGUCCAUUUGCUGGGCAAAUUAAACACAGUGUUGCUGAUGAAGGAGAUGAUGUCAAAUUUAUAUGCAACAUCGACAACUAUGAUAGCAGUACUGAAGUUACAUGGUACUGUGGAGUUCGACAACUAGAGGAAAGUGCCAAAUGUGAAAUUACCUAUGAAGAGGGGCUUGCUACAAUAACUGUCAAGGGUAUCACUAGAGCCGAUGAUGGAACAUACCGAUGCAAAGUGGUCAAUGAAUAUGGUGAAGAUAGUGCUUACGCUGAGCUCUUUGUUAAAGGUGUCAGAGACUAUCGUAGCUUCUACGCAGCACGUGUGGUGAAGAAAGUCAAACGCAGAAUAGACACAGCCCGUCUUCUCCAAAGACCUCCAGAAUUCACCCUUCCACUGUACAAUCGCACUGCUUACUUUGGUGAAACUGUUCGCUUUGGUGUUACCAUUACUGUGCACCCUGAGCCACGUGUUAUAUGGCUGAAAUCUGGGCAGAAGAUUACCCCAGGAGAUGAUGACAAGAAAUAUACUUUUAUAAGUGACAAAGGUCUGUAUCAGUUAGUUAUUCACAAGCUUGACUCUGAUGAUGAUGCCGAAUACACUGUAGUGGCACGCAACAGGUAUGGUGAUGAUAGCUGUAAAGCUCGUCUCACAGUAAUUCCUCGCCCUGCACCUGCUGAUAAUACAAUAAGACCCAUGUUCAAGCGCCUACUGGCAAACUUGGAGUGCAAAGAGGGCCAGAGUGUACGCUUUGAGAUAAGAGUGUCAGGAUCACCAUCACUAAAAUGGGAGAAGGAUGGUACACCUUUGGCAUUUGGUCCACAGAUUGAGGUUGUUCAUGAGGGUUUGGAUUACUUUGUCUUGCACAUUAGAGACACGCUUCCAGAAGAUUCUGGUACAUACAGAGUUACUGCCACUAAUUCUGCUGGUUCUGCUAGUUGCCAAGCCACACUUAGGGUUGAACGUGUGACACAUGUCAAGAAGGACUUUGAGAGUGAAGAGGAUAAGAGAAAGAAGCAAGCUCUAGACCAACAACAGAUUGACAAAAAAGUCCGAUUAACACAGAUUCUGGCUGGUACAGAUGUAACAGCACUUCCUUCUGUAGCACAACAAGCAGUGAGAGAGGCUGCAGCUAUGUUCAAACCAGCAGUUACCACUAAAAAGGUAAAGACUGAAGCUGAGGAAGCAAAGGAAAAAGAAGAAAGAAGAAAAAGGGCAGAGGAAAAGAGAUUGAGAAUGCCGUAUAUUGUCCCUGCACCUCGUCUUUAUGGUCCUACUGCUCUUGAGGAAGACAUGGAGAUCAAGCACUUUAAACCAUUAUCUGACAUGAAGUGGUACAAGAAAUUACGAGAUCAAUAUGAGUUCCCUGAGCCAAUGGAAAAGAUUCCUCAGAAAAGACUUAAGCGUAUUCGACUAUCAAGGUGGGAACAAUUUUAUGAAGUGCCCUUGCCAAGGGUUAAAGACCAAUACAAGCCAAAAUGGCACAUAACUCUUUCACAAGAUGACUUGGAAACUGUAAGACCGGCAAGACGGCGAACACCUUCUCCAGAAAUGGAAGCUUACUACAGAAUAAGAAGGCGCUCACUUGGUGAUCUUUCUGAUGAGGAAUUGCUUCUUCCUGUUAGAGAAUACCUGUCAAUGAAGAGUACUGAGGAAGAAAGACUUAAACUUGAAGAGGAACUUAGAUUAGGCUACUCUGCUUCACCACCAAGUCUAAGUCCUGUACGCUUUGAACUAUCUGCUUUGCGUCCUACAUCACCAAAGAGGACUGUAUAUGAUGUUGAAGAUGAAGAAGAAGGGGAAGUUCCUUCAUAUGACACUUAUCGCAUUCCCUCCAAGUAUGAAGCUGGCCCAAGCUACAUUGAUCUACGUCAGAGACAUGAUAAAGCAACAUAUAGACCUCCUAAACAAAAGCAAAGAAUGUAUGAAGAAAAGGAGGACCAAGAGCUCCUUAGACCAGUCACUACCACAACAAGGAUAACUUCUUACAAGAGUCGGCUGAAACACAUUGAGUUUGAGGAAAAAACAAGAAUCACAAGAAAAGAGAAAACAAAAGUUUCAGUACCUAUGGGAGAAACAUUUGACAUACAUGAUGUACCAAUUAGAUCAAUUUCACCUAGUUAUAGUAAGGUGACACAACCCAAGGCUGAUAAGUCUUCUACAGUGGAUGAGGACAAAAAAGCAACCAUCUUAUUUCCAAGCUCAGAGGAGAAACGUCCACACUCUAUAAGCCUAGUGUCAAGUGAGAAAGUAGUGUCUACACAAGACCUAUCCAUAAAGGUUGACUACAUGCAACGUUAUGAAUCAAUGAAGAAAGCUCUGAAAACUGAGACGAAGUUUGAAACAGUGUCUCAGCAGCCCUUUAGUCUUGACCAUACACCAAGGGUGACUGUAAGAAUGCGCUCUCACCGCGUUGCAGUUGGUCAAAAUACAAAAUUCACACUGAAUGUUCAGUCUAAACCAGAAGCAAAAAUCCAGUGGUAUCACAAUGGCCAGCCUAUUCAAGAAGGCAAUAAGUAUCGGAUGUAUAACAUGAGUGGGGUUCUUUCUCUCCAGAUCAUUGACUGCCAAGAACAGGAUAGUGGGACAUACCGUGUCACCUGCACAAAUGCAAAGGGAGAAGCCUCAGACUAUGCUACCUUAGAUGUUUCUGGAAGUGGAUUUUCUGCAUAUACAUCUCAGCGCAAAGAUGAAGAGCCUCCAACUCCUUUUAUACCUGAAAUGACAAGAACAGAUGUUUAUCAUGUGUCAUCAUCAAAGGCAACAUCUACCACCGAAGCACAUGUUAUAGAAGAAGUAACUGAAAUUAAAACAUCAGAUAUCAAAACAGAGGCAACAGAAACUGUUAUUCAUGAAGAGUAUGUAUCAUCUGAGGUAAAGCUUCAAACCACUGAAACUGUAAAAGUGGAGGAAGCUGCAGUCGAGAAAAAGAAACCAUCGCUUUCUGCCACAAUUCUAACUAAGCCACAGUCACUCACAGUUUCUGAGGGGGAGACAGCAAAAUUUACAUGUGAUGUAGAUGGUGAACCAGCACCAUCUAUAACUUGGUUAAGGAAGGGACAAGCUGUUGUAUCAUCUCACCGUCAUCAUGUAACAACGACAGAAUACAGGUCUACAUUUGAGAUAUCUCAAGUUGAAAUUUCAGAUGAAGGAAACUACACAUUGGUUGUGGAGAACUCUGAGGGUAAACAAGAAGCAGAAUUUACCCUGACUGUUCGCAAACCAACACCUGUGCAGAAAGUCGUUGCUUCUCCUCCAAGAGUGAAGUCUCCAGAGUCUCCUCGUCUGAAGUCACCUGCAGGGAUCAAAUCCCCACCAAGGAUCAAGUCACCCGAACCAAUUAGGUCACCACAAAGAGUCAAGUCACCAUUCACAGCAAAGUCACCAGUUCCAAAAGAAAAAACAACCAAGCCUAGCUUUUCAGCAGGACUGGAUGAUAUUAUUGCUUUGUCAGAUACAAUCAUCAAGCUGACAGUAAAAGUUGUCGGUGUGCCUAAACCAGUGAUUUCCUGGAUGAAAGAUGGGAAGAGUGUCUCAGAGGGUGGCAAAUAUGAAAUAUUUGAGGAAAGUGGUUCUGCACAUCUUGAAAUCUAUGAUGCUGAUACGUCUGAUAGUGGUGUUUAUGAAUGCACUGCAAAAAAUAGUGAUGGAUCAGUUACUAGUAGAUGCAAUGUAACUGUUAAAGAAUCAAGAGAAUCUACAGCAUUUGCUGUACAAACAAAAGCAGAACUAACAGAAGCUCUUGUCAGAAAGGAGAUAAUUCAUGAGGAAGUCCAGUCCUUGUCAGAAAUGAAAGCUUCGCAAACACAAAUAAAAAUGACUGAAGGCCAGUCUGUCACACUGAAAGCAAAUAUCCCUGGGGCUUCUGAUGUAAAAUGGAUUCUGAAUGGAAUGGAAAUGAUCAAUUCAGAGCAAUAUAGAUAUGGUAUUUCUGGAAAUUACCACACUUUGACCAUUAAGAGUGUAAGUUCCCAUGAUAGAGGAAUUGUCACAUGUGAGGCAAAAACUGAACAUGGAAUGGUCAAGUGCCAGUUUGGCACAACAGUCAGUGAAAAAUUAUCUGAUGCACCAAGCUUCCUUGUGCAACCGCGCUCCCAGAACGUAAAUGAAGGACAGGAUGUCAUAUUUUCCUGUGAAGUAAGGGGUGAGCCUACUCCUGAAAUUGAAUGGCUAAAGGACAACGAAGUGUUAUCCAUUGCAUCAAAUAUGAAACUGAGCCGCUCUAAGAAUGUAUACAAACUUGAGAUUCAGAAUACCACUGUUGAGGACAGCGGCAAAUACACAGUGAAGGCCAAAAAUCAAUUUGGACAGUGUUCGGCAACAGCAUCUCUCAAUGUUCUUGCUCUGGUUGAAGAACCUGUCAAAAUGAUUGUACUGAAGAAAAGCUCAGAUGCUACAAGCAUACAAAGUAGCAGCUCUGCCUUGCACGUGGCUUCAACCAUACAGGAAACAACAAGCAGCAGCUCCAGCAUGGCUCAGAUAAAAUUUCAAAGCAUGUCAGCAACUAGCAUGACUUCAAUGAAAUCUGAAUCAAUGGUAGCCAUGGGUUCAUGCAGCAUGAUGGAAAUGUCUAGCCAUGCACAUGUUGCGGGGUCCUCCCUCAGUUCCAUUUCAUACAAGCGCAAAGGUAUACCACCUAAAAUUGAAGCUGCCCCUGAGGAUAUUAGCAUAGAGUCCGGAAAGGUUUUGACUGUGGCCUGUGCUUUCACUGGAGACCCAGUUCCAAAUGUUGAGUGGUCUCGUUCAGGGAGGAUACUGUCCAGUAAAGAGAGUGAAAGGCUCCAGAUUGAGACCACUGAGGACACUACGACACUCAGAAUUUGUGGCAUAAAAGAAAAUGAGGCUGGAGCGUACACCCUCAAACUUUCAAAUGAGCUUGGCUCUGAUACUGCUAUCGUCAAUGUCAGCAUUCGAUCUAUGUGAAAAAAAAAAAAUAAUCCAGUCCAUACCCAUUUUCCUUUCUUCAAUAUAUUUUAUUUAUUGAAUGAGUAAGAAAAAAUACUGUUCUAGAUAAAGACCUGGAUCUCUGUUCUGUAAAUAUGAACUAUUUUUAUACCAAACUUGACAUUAAGUUAUGCCAAACUAGACUAAAGUCUAAAGUUGUUAUAAAAUGUGCCAUAUUGGGUAAUUAUGACUUUUUGAACCAUUUUUCUGUGACAUGUACAUAAUGUAUAUAGCCGAAUUUAACGGUUAUGGAAAAUGUAUGAAUUGUUAUUUAUGACAAUAACUUAAACAAAUGGAAUGAAAUGUUUAACAGGAGAAAGUUUCUCGUGGAACGAAUACCCUGUGAAACCUGAAACAAAAUUAUGUGCCUCAACAAUACGUUGAAGUCUUAAGAUUGCCUCAACAGGUAGAGAGGCUCCCUGUUGAAGUUCUACUAAAUCAAAGGGACAAAGCUAUGCACUGUACAUCUGUGCACAUAGUAUUGCAGUAUUCAAAUGAAUUUAUAACUUGACCAUAAGACCUUGAAUGCUGUUUGUGUCUCACCCUCACAUAAGCAGCAUGACUAGGUCUUGUGUUCAGACUGACUAUAUCAUAUCACCAUUUUAAUGACAUGCUCAAAGUGCGAGCGGCCUGCACAAUGAGCUGAUGAUGAUAUGCGCUCAUGUUCUGCCAAAGGACUGUUUGAAUUUGAUAUAAUAAAAGCAACAUCACCUGGCCAUUAAUUUACUUAUCAAUUCAGAUACUCCUUUGCAGAAUAUAUGCCACCUCUUGGAGGAAAGCUAGGUUAUAUUGUGUGUUUUUGUGUUAGUGUGUGUUAGUGUUAGGAUCUCACUUUGCCAGGGUAAUCAUCAAGCAGUGUACCACAGUAAAGACAUCUGCUGUGCAUAGAAAACUACAUACAAAAAUACAUGAAUGCUAUACCCUGCACUUUGAUUCAAUAGCAAUUCAUAUAUGUAGAAUUACCUAUAUAUUCUGCCUCCUUGAGUUUUAUGAAUUUUUGAUUUAAUAAAGCAUGAUUUCAGCACCAUA